GAUUGCCGAGUGUCCGUCCUGCCGGACUGCUGGAGGCGGAGGCAGCGCCAUGUUGGAUGCUCCGGUCGCCGAGUGAGGAAAAUCCACCGGCAUCUCCCCGUUUCCCCCACCGAGACCGGCUCCAGUGACCCCGGGGAGGGGGAGGGCUGCGCUUGGCCCCUGAGAGCCCCAUUGCCCUCUGGUCCUGGUUUGGGGCCCCUCAGCCCCCCGAUACCCCCAGCCCCCCCCGACCCCGCUCCGGGGGGCCCCUCGGCCAUGAGUCUCCCCCAGAAAGCGGCCCUAAAACCGGCGGCACCGAGCGGGACCGGAGCUGUGGGACCUCCACCCCCUGCAGUGCCUCCCCCCACCGCCUCGUCCGCCGCCAUCCGGGGCCUGCAGCCUCCACCGUAUCCUUUCACUGGGACCCCGGGAGAGAGAGCGGGGGGAGGGGGGUAUAACCGCACCCCCACAAAUAUAGAGAGAGAGGGGGGGGGGGAAUAACGGCACCCCAACAAAUAUAUAUAUAUAGAGAUAGAGAGAGAGAGAGAGAGAGAGAGAGAGAGAGGGGGGCUAGGGCUGCACCCCCACAUAGAGAGAGGGGGGGAUAACGGCACCCCCACAAAUAUAGAGAUAGAGGGGGGGUGAAUAACGGCACCCCCACAAAUAUAUAUAUAUAUAUAGAGAGAGAGGGGGGGGCUAGGGCUGCACCCCCACAAAUAUAUAGAGAGAGAGGGGGGAGCUAGGGCUGCACCCCCACAAAUAUAGAGGGGGGGGGCUGCACCCCCACAAAUAUAGAGAGAGGGGGGGCAUAGGGCUGCACCCCCACAAAUAUAGAGAGGGGUGGGGAAUAACGGCACCCCACAAAUAUAGAGAGAACCGGGGGGGGGUUAUAAGUGCACCCCCACAUAGAGAGAGAGGGGGGCUAUGGCUGCACCCCACAUAGAGGGGGGGGGGGAAAUAACGGCACCCCACAAAUAUAGAGAGAACCGAGGGGGGUUAUAAGUGCACCCCACAAAUAUAGAGAGAGGGGGGCUAUGGCUGCACCCCCACAUAGAGAGAGAGAGGGGGGGGUAUAACCGCACCCCCACAUAGAGAGAGGGGGGGGGUAUAAUCGCACCCCCACAUAGAGAGAGAACCGGGGGUUAUAACUGCACCCCCACAAAUAUAUAUAGAGAGAGGGGGGCAAUGGCUGCACCCCCACAAAUAUAGAGAGAGAGCGGGGGGGGGGUGUAUAACUGCAUCCCACAUAGAGAGAGAACCGGGGGGGGAAUAACCGCACCCCCACAUAGAGAGGAGGGGGGAGGUAUAACUGCACCCCCACAAAUAUAGAGAGAGAGCGGGGGGUGUAUAACUGCACCCUCACAAAUAUAGAGAGGGGGGCUAUGGCUGCCCCCACAGAGAGAGGGGGGUAUAACUGCACCCUCACCCCACAAAUAUAGAGAGCCGGUGGGGGGGCUAUGGCUGCACCCCCGCAUAGAGAGAGAGCCAGGGGGGUAUAUGGCUGCACCCCCACAGAGAGAGAGACGGGGGGGUGCUAUGGCUGCACCCCCACAUAAAGAGAGAGAGAGCCGUGGGGGAUAAGAUUCUGCACCUCAGAUAGAGAACCGAGGGGAGAAAAGAUUCUGCUCCUCAGGUACCCCAAGAUAGAGAUGGGGUGUAUGCUACAUACUACACCCCAUAGAGAGGAGAAGGGGGGGUCGUCCCCAAUACUGCAUCUAAUACAUGCAUAUGUCCCCCCUACCACUGCACCCCACAUAGAGGAGGGGGGGGGGGAGUCCCCCCCCUAACACUGCACCCCAAGUAAAUGGGAGGUCCCCAAGCACUGCACCCCACAUAGAGGGGGUGGGCCUUACACUGCACCAAGGGUAGAGAGCAGUGGUAGGGUCAAGAUUCUGCACUUCAAAUGGUACGCUGGAGGAGCUAAUACCGAACCCAAUAUAAAGUUAGUGGGCCUUGAUGCUACUCCCUAUAUAGAGAGCUGGAGGGGGGAUUCCAACAUAGAGAUAUGGGGUGGCCCAAAGCAGCACCAUUUUAAACUCCACCCAUAUCGAGAGCCAAGGGAAGGGACCCAAAUACUGCACUCCAAUAUAGAGAACUGGCAGGAACAAGAUGAUGCUCCCUAUAUAGAAAGCCAGGGGGUCCAUAUGCUGCAACUAAUAUAUAAAACCAGAGGGGGACCGAGAUACUGCAUCCAAUAUAGUGACCUAGAUUCUGCCUACAUAUUUUGGUUUGAGGAGAAACCUGGAUACUCCACCCUCUAUAGAGAACCAGAGAAGAUUAUUCAUACUGCGUUUCAUAUAGAGAAUCGAAGGUGGGGACUCUAGAUACUGCACCCCAGAUACACAUCUAGAUUGUGUCCCUCGCGUAUCUGGGAGCAUUUCACUUCCAGAUAGCUGAUUGAGGGAACUCCAGAACCUUAAUCCACAGGUGGCCGGUUGGGAUGGGGAUGGUGGGGGUGGAGGCCAGAUAUUGAACCUCAUAUAGAGGGCAAUGGAGGCACAUACAUUGCAUUCCCCAAAUAGACUGCCAGAGGCUAGAUACUGCACCCCAUAUAGAGAGCUGUGGGAGGGAGAUAACACACCCCAUAUAGACAGCUACUACAUCCCCUGAUAGACAGACAGUGGGAACCUGCAUUUAGGACACCUCUAGAUAGUGCCUCCUGAGAUUCUGCACCCUAGGCAGACAGCCAAAUGAGCACCCUAGAUCCUGCACCCUAAAAUAUACAGCUGGGAAGACUCCAAAUACUGUAGCCUCAUAUAUAUGGCUCCCACACCCACAGGCAGCCGGGGGUAGGGUAAACCUGUGGGAACUUCAGAUCUCGCACUCACUGGCAAUUGGGGUGGGGAGCCCCAGAUCUUGCAUCCACAGAUAGCCUGAGGUGAGGAACCCCAGAUCCUGCACGCACUGCUAGAGAGCUCAAUUGGGGUAUCCCAAAAACUGUACUGACUGAUAUCUGGGGAAAGCCACACAUGCAAUAUAUACAGCCUGGGAAUUGGGCUCAACACCUAUGCAUUGAAAAAAACGAUGGUCUUAUAUCAGAACAUCGGAGGGCCAGAUCCUUUGUACAAAGAAGUCAUAGGAACACUAUGUAUAAAGAUUGCUGUUAUCUUAAUACCCUAGUAUUUACAGCAAUGAGAAUCCUACAUACAAAGACUGUUGCACCUGGAAUAUAUAUAUAGUCGUGGUGAAGAUAUAACACUCGCAUCUAUACAUCUGUGGGCCUGCAGACAGCUGCAUAAUGUAUUGCCUUGUAUAUACAGUCAGAGGGGUCCCCCACAGAGAUUACAGGAACCAAAUAUACAACUAGGGGGACACAAUAUGCAGAGGUUACUGAGCCCCAUGUACAGAGAUUUCAGAUAUAAACGAGGGAGUUCCAAUAUACAUCCAGGGGCAGAUAAGGGGGGGAUUAGAUAUGCCGCCAGGGAUUCCCAAGUACAUAGCCAGUGUGAGUGUAUGUGCAGAGGUAAUGGGAACUUUAGUAUGUUCUUCCAAGGUCAUUUAACAUACAGAGAUUACUGCACAGCAAUAUAUAUAUACACACACACACACAUACAGUUUGGUGGGGAGCCCAGAAAGCACCUCUACUAUUGCCUCCAGGGGGCCACACAGACGUGUGCAGAGGGGUUUCUGUAUCUGAAGUCAUUACCUGGGAGAAACCUCAGGACAAAGCCUAAUAUUGGGUUAUCAGAUCAGGGAGCAUCCUGCAUACCUUGAAGCCAUAAGGAUCCUAAAAUAUAACAAGAAUCCUUUUGUAAAGAUAGGGCUGAGGAAAUGGUAUCACCGCUGUCAGAAUCUGUCCCAUGAAUAUGCAGUGAUAGAAAUCCAGUGUGUUACAGAGCCCUCCCUAGAGUUAUAAGGGUCACCAUACAGGUACAUCCAUAUACUGCUAAGGAGAGGAUUGCGCUGUGAGAUACAGAGGUAAAGCUAACAUGUAUAUAAGAGGAAUGACACGUUUAUUAUAGCAAUGAAGUACUGGGAUACAGGUAAGAUACAGUGUUCCAUGAUAUAGUGCAGCAUACUCCCCAUUAUUCUUAACCAUAAGGGGGGAUAAUUCCUAUAAUUGCUUCUGUUGCUGAAUCUCGAGAUGUGGGGGAUAUCACAGGAUGUGGUUUUGCUUUUUAUAGAAAUAGUGUUUGAGUACCCUGAGACAUGGUUUGGGGUGCAUUUACCCAGAGAAAAGGUAACUAACCUAAAAUACCACGAGUUUUUUACUGUGAGAGGUAAAUGGUGUGUUACUUUGCUCUGACUCAUUGGGUUGUAACUGUACCCCACAAUGUUUAUGCCCCCAUAUUUCUCUCCCAUUUUCUAGCUGUUGAAUGUUCCUUUUUAAUUUCAUUGCAUUGUCAAUGGGAAGCCUCUUUACCUGUCGGGGUUAAAGAAUCCUCUGUUAGGAAAGGAAUCUGCCCCGACCCAUGUGAAGAGGUGUACAAUAUUAUGGGUGUUGGCCAGCCUGUGCAGUCAGUGAGUGGCACUUUCUACUUCCAAAUUCACAGCGCUGCCGAGAGAUACUGACAAGCCUGCACUGCAGGAAUUACAAUCUAGAACUACACAGAAUGUCUCUACUCUGCACAUUGUGCUGAGCUGAUUGCUUGAGUCAGCUGGAAGAAUUUCUCCAAGAGCAUUGAUUCACCCUUUCAAUUCUGGGUUGUAUGAUUGAUCUGGUAUUUUGGUGUGUCUCUGUGACCAAAAGAUGCCUGCCUCUACUGUUAUAGGGAACUUGGACGUUUUUUGCCAAACUCGAAAUCAUAAUAAUUUAAGCAACAAUAAUAGACUUGUAGAAAUUCUCUAUCCCAGUCACUCUGGACUAAAUGUUACUUUCUGGCUAUAAAUCCAGUCAUUAUUUACAGAAUAUACCCCCUUAGUAUAUAUAAUACUUAGAUCUUUAUGCUCCAGGCUGCAAUGGUAAACAUCAUUAUUUAUUUAGGAAUUAAAAAUAACUUGUGCCUUGAAUCUCUCUUUACUUUGGAUUUGUUUAUUUUUGUGUGCGUUUUUUUUGUUUGUUUUUAUGUAUAAGUUGCAUUUUUGGGGAAAGGUAAACAAUUUCUCAAAAUGUAAGCUAAUAUGGCAGAGCCGUGAUUAUAGUUUAUUUUAUUUUUUUUGCAUAUCAGCACUUUUUGUCUAAAUGUUGCAGUUUUUCCAAUUUCACUACACUUCGGUUUCUUGUAAAUAAAAUCCACAACGUGAUUUCACUGUAUGGAUAUCUGGAACACGUGGUGGUCUCCGCUUUAAAACUUUCAGUUUGUAAAUGACUCUGAUUCAUGUCUGUUGUACAUAGUACGUGUUCAUUGAUUGCCUUUCUGUAUAUUUUAUGACUGUAUAUCAUUUGAGAGUUAUGUGGUUUCCCGCAGUAAAGGUGGCCUGGUUUAUUAUAGCAGAUAUUGAGACUAUUUUGGUGUUAAAAGUACAUUGGCUAGAUAAUCAUUGCCAACUACCUUGCGACUUCCAAAGCUAUAUGUAAGUCUAUUAUGUUUAAGUCCAAGUUGCCUGGAUUACGCACUCAAAGCAAUAUCACAAUGUAUUGUGUGUUACAAUUCUCUUAUGUGAAUGUGAACUGUACGUUUUUGUUUGAUCCCGCUAAAAAUGGCAAAAAUAAAUAAUAAAAAAAAAAAACAGUACGCUGGCAAGUGAAAACUCAUCCUUGACAAGUAGGAACUCACCCUUGGUGAGUGUGCUAUGGACACUCCAGGCUUGCGCAGUUAAUAACUUUUACUCUUGUCUAGUAACACAGGACUUGAAAUUGUGAGCCCUAAUAGUGUAUUCAAUACAUAUGCAAAAAUAAUUUUAGACUUGCGUUUUUAGCAUUUAUUGCAGAUCAACAGCUUUGCAGCUACUUCAGUAAGUUAUUGAAUCUGACAGCCGUGACUUUAAAGGAUCACUCUAGUCCAGGGGUAGGCUACCUUCGGCACUGCAGAUGUUGUGGGCUACAUCCCCCAUAAUGCUUUUACACCCAUAAUGCUGGCAAAGCAUCAUGGGAGGUGUAGUCCAAAACAUCUGGAGUGUCGAAGGUUGUCUAUGCCUGCUCUAGUCACCAAAACAACUUUAGACUAAUGAAGGAGUUUUUGUGUAUAGAUCAUAAUUCUGAAGUCUCACUGCUCAAUUCUAUGCCGUUUAAUAGUUAACCCCUUAAGGACACAUGACGUGUGACAUGUCAUGAUUCCCUUUUAUUCCAGAAGUUUGGUCCUUAAGGGGUUAAACCACUUUUGUUUCUGUUUAUGCAGCCCUUGCCUCGCCUCCCUUGGCUUUGACUGACAGUCUGCAUGAACAAAAUGGUUUAAUUAUCAAUCACUAACUUUGGCCUGGGUUUGUGAAUAAGUGGCUACUAAAAAGACUUCAGAUCCCAUUUUGAAUACACUUGGUUGUCUACUUUUGAAAAUGGUAAGACUUUAUUGGGGUAAUGUUCAUUCCUGGGCUACCAUACAAUCUCAAAGGCAACAUGGGUCCAACAAACGAAUCUAGAAAAUUUCAACUUGUAAAAAUUUAAAUGGGCAAGCUGUUUAUUUGACCAUGUAACUUUCCAAAAUACCAUGAAACAUGUACGAGUUAUAGGACUAGUGUCUUGGCCGUGACUUAACUCUGAGAUGUCUACUGCCUUCCUCAAAUUCUAUAUUUUACAGUUUAGUAUAUUUGGAUGAUUUUUUGUAGAAAGUAUUAGCUUCCUGAUAUAUAUUGGAAUCGACUUUUAAAAAAAUUUUUUUUAUAUAUAAAGGGAUGCUCCUGACACCAUCACAAAUUUGAUUAAUUUACAUAUAUUUUGUAGACUUCCAACAUGCUGGUCGCUUGAGCGAGAACGUGAUGUCACAGCUCCCUUUUUAUCCCUCCCAAUCUGCAAUGUUUUUGCAAUGAGUCUCUUUCAAUAAAGGUCUUCAAAGGCUUAUGGGAGGUAUAGUUUAGCUAACAUCUUUUAUAAAUAAAUAAAAAAAAGCUCUCAAAAACAGAAUUACAUUUUUUUUGGGGGGGGGGGACUGAUCACUUUCCUGUCUGGGCAGUGCUAACAUGCAGUUAAAGAAGCACUAUAAUGGAAAUUAGUGUUUCAGAAAUAGUAGUGUCAGUAGUAGAUUUUGCUGUGAUAACCAUUUUGAAGAGUUUCAGUAUGGAGGCUGCCAUCUUGGAAAUAUAGAUUGAGGGAAAAUUACUACAGAUGGCGGCAGCCAAUCUGCAUUAAGAUCUGCUGAGUUGCACCAAUCUGUGAAGUGUGCAUGUGCUUUCUCUAAAUAGGCCACAGCCACUGUGUGCGUUAGGUCAACUGGAGAUUUUAUUGCAAUUUUUCUAAAGAGUUACAAUUUCUCCCAAAGUAGUCCAAGUUUUUACCCUGUCGGCCUUGCUUGGAUCAGACUGAAGUUUGACAUCACUGAAUCUUUUUUUUUUUUGUAAAUAUGUUUUUAUUGAACAUUUCGUUGUUUUUUUUUUUGCUUUGUUUUUUCGUUUGUUAUUAACAUGGAACAGAAAAACAUGGACUCGCAGGUCCCUUUGGACAUCACUGAAUCUUACCCAGAGAAGAUGGAGUUUUGACCACGCAUGGCUUGCCUCAGUCUAGCUCUGUAUGAUAAACUUUGACUCUCUUGUUACUUGGUACCAAUGUGUUGGUACCAAUUGUCACUGUUGCUAGAAAACGUAUCGGUGUAGACCAAAUGGUCUUUCUGGUGGUGGCAGUGCACCCCAUGCAGUGCGAAGAACGUUACCCCUAUUAUGGAAUGAAGGACCAGUGAUCUGUCUCCUGGUAUCUUGUGCAGCAACAAUGUGAUGGUUAUUAGUUGUAAUAUAGAAUAUGUGAAAUAAACUGGCAGGCCUUAUGUAACUGUGUGACUGAUUCUGAUCUACUAGGGUGUGUGUGUAUAUAUGUGUGUGUAUAAUAUAUAUAUAUUUUAAAAAAACAAAAACUACUCGUUUAUUUGAUAUUUGCUACAUUCCCAAGCUGAGGUGUAACAUCUGUAGUGUUGUUUUUCUUUAUCAUUAAGAGAGAAUUAGACAUGCUUUCUUUCUAUAAAUUGAAGUAAAGUUGAUUCUGACUUCAUGUUGUCUGUAGACCCUAAAGCUUAAUUUCCAGCAGUUUCACAGCAAGUGGAAUAGUUGCUUCAUGAAUGGGCAUGUUGCCACAGCAACUGUGUUACUAUGGCAACAUGCUCAUUCAUGGAAAAAAGUGUUUCAUAUUAAAGGGACACUUUACUUUAACUUUUGCUUUUGUGUUAUAGAAGUAAAAGUUUAAAAAAUUCAGUUCUUAUGCAGCGCGUAGUACACCUUGUACAUUUUUUAAUUACAUGCCAUUUUACCCAGAUCAGGCAUCUCCAUGCUUUGUGAUUCAUGUAAACUAACCUCUUCCUGAACAGUCAUUCUCUUUAUUUGUGAUGUUUGUCUUGUCUGAACUUGAUUAUUAUUUAUAAAGCGACAACAAGUUCCAUAGCUCUGUACAAUGGGUGGACUAACAGGCACACAUUUAUAACCAGACAAGUUGGACACACAGGGACAGAGGGGUUGAGGGCCCUGCUCAAUGAGCAUACAUGCUUAGCGGGAUUGCGGUAUAGUGACACAAAACGUAAGGGUAGGGUAGAAAAGUAGGUGUUAGGAUAGUAUUCGUUGAGGGCUUAGUGUUUUGUUUUGAUGACCUAUGCAGGAGAGGAAUCGGUGCGGGGAGUGAAAGGAUUACGUCAUUUUCUAAAAUGUUAAAAUAAAUUUUAACAGAAAAUGUAACUUCUCGUGAAUAAAGAUUGACACGUUACAGAUGAUUUUUCAAUGGGGUAAAUUCCAGACAAGGGAUAGUUACUCUUUAAUUGAAACAAUGCAUGUGCCAGUUUAGCAGUUUAUGUAAUCCUUGCAGAUACCAGCUUUCAUUGCUGCUUUAUCAGUGCAGGCCAUAUAUAUAUAUAUUUAGCGUUAAUACAAUGUUAAACAAAAAUCUGCACACCAGUCAAGCCAUAAGACUUGCUAUUCCCACAGAAAUCACAAAUCUGCAGUGAUGUUACUACCGCAAAGGAUUCUGGGUGGGCAUAUGCAAAUUAGUUGAACAAAGAAUCAAAUUUUUGCCUCAUUCCAUUUUAAACAUGGAUUCCUUUUGAGUCUGUGUUUAUAUAAACACACAAUGGUCAUCAUUUUGUUAUUUAAUUUUAUCGUAUAUUGAGAUCUAACCAGGAAGCGGUUAUAGAUUACAUAUAGCUGCAUCUUCUGUCAUAGUAUCUUACAUCUUAACCUGACUAAACGUAUCAUUGGACUGUUUGGAAUUUCGGUCUUCUAAAUGUAGGAAUGCAUCCACAUAACACCCAUGCUUAGCAUUUGAGAAAGUUACUGUGUCAAGAUAAAAACAAACACAAAAAAACAGAUUAAGCUCUUUUUUAUUUUAAUUUAAGGCCAGGGAGUAUCAGACAUUGGUGCACAUUGUGUUUAGCUGGUAAACACAGGAUCACUACAAUUUGUUGUCAGAUGUGCCAUAGCGCUAUGUCUAGUGGGAUAUGACCCUCUGUUGAUUUUUCCUUCUUCCACAAUGCACCAAACUCAUUUUAUUGUUACUAGGAGCAUGUUCAAGAUCAUCUUCCUGUCCACAAGUAUUGGAUGACACCUGCUGAAUGUUCUAGGCAGCUCAAGUACAGUGCCUCACUGCCUGAAAUUUAGGGGGUUUAAUUGUUCACUAAGCGCGUAGUUGACAACCUACUGUGCAUGUAAAACCAGACUAAACUGUCCAAGCUGGACAUUGGUGAAAAGGUCACUGCAGCUCACUGUUUGGUGAAUAAUCCCCUAGUUGGUGUUUAACUUUUUAUGUGGCAGAGUUGAGCAAAUUGCAAAGCUCUGAGAGAUUGCACCUCCUGUUAAAGUCAUUCUUAGCUGAAUCUGCUGGUCUGGCCUUUCUUGCCAGGGCUGUGAGAUUUUAGGCAAACAGACAAUGUUUUAUCUGUGUGAUCAUUGCUGUUUUCCGGAGAGUGUGCACGAUCGUACCAGCUCCUAGUGUACUUUGUGAAUAGACUGCUUUGUGACAUGUUUUCCCUUUGUAUAGAUACUGUACUCAAACUGCGUUCAUUGUUUAAAUAGACUCAGCAGUUGUCCUUCCUAAGUUAAUGUAACGGCUGUGCAUUGUUGGCCUGAAACCCACAUUAUUGGCCUUAAAAUAACUGGCAGAGCCUUUAAAUGGUGGACUUUCCCUCCUAAGCAGGAUCCGUUCUGUUUGAUGAAUCCAUGGUUUGUUAGUGGAAUAGCCCUCAGUGCAGAGAGCUGCAGCUAUGUCUCCAGCUUGGACUCGCUGGAGCUACUAUUAAAGGAACAGUAAGCACCAAAACCUGGAUCUUACUUACUGCUUACUUGUCCCUUAUCUUAGACUUAAAAUAUUAUGUAAAUGUAAACAUUGUUGUUUCUGUGAACUACAUUUGUCUGAGAACAAGCUUCUAGUGAAUUAGACUGACAGUCACUUCUUCCUUAAGAUCCUUAGACUUGCAAAAAAUUGUAGUUUAAGUCAGUUUGUCUUUCUGAAUUAUAACAGUAAGUUUUCAAUACUUUGCAGGUGUCUUCAGGCCGGUUACAUUAUAGAUCUCUUACUUUUGUCUGUCUUUGGACAUGUUAGCGGAGGAUUGAAAGAGGUUUGAAGAAGGCGAUAGUUGUUCACUUAGACUGAAUUGUCACUAAACGGAGAAUAGCCAAAACAUUGUAGACUUUUUCAACUUCAGUUAUUGUGACCUGAAACAUCUUGGGAAAUAAUCCUGCCAAAUUCACUGAAAAAUAAUUCAUACAGAUGAUGAUGAUGAUGGCUAACCUUGGCACCAAAAUGUUUCUGAUCUCUUUUCCCCACAAUGCUCAGCCAACCGUAGCAUCAUGGGAAAUGUAGUUUUAAAGCCAUCAUUGAUCUAGAGUUGUCUAAUUAUGCAAGAGGAUUACUCAGUAGCUGUUGUGUUUUUUUUGUUUUUUGGUUUUUUUUCUUCCAUUUACUGAGUUACCACAAAUUCUGAAGUUCAUUCUGUGAGACCUCCUUUGUCCAGGGGUGUUUGCUGAUUGCUAUAGAAAUGAACUGAGACACGGUUAGAUAAAUUUUUCCGAUGGGUUCUCAGUAAAUAGGUGAUACGUAUUUUCAGGUGCAGAUUUGAAUGUACAUAUUGAGGCCCUCCUGUGCUUAAAUUCCCUGCUUCCUCCCCCCCCCCAGAUAUCCAAAUUUAGAGUAUUUAUUAAUUCAUUUUUUCCCGGCCUUGCGCAAGGUUAAUGAAAGCUGUAUGGGUAAGGCAUCCAUCAUGACCUGCGUGGGAAAGGAGGGAGGGAUGGUUUUACUGCACAAAGAGCAGUAUAGAUUUUCUCUUGUCUGCUACAGUGGGAUCAAUUUAGGUCAUUGCAUCUGAUCAGCUAAUGACACAUUUAGCGUUUUGUUUCACAGCAUGUGUGCUAGGGAAGGCCUUGUGUUUUGGUGGGAGGAAGGCUAUCCUCCUGCGUGCUUUGUACCCUGCGCUGAAUGGAGAGCUUCACAUACAGAACAUCCCAUUAUGGAGGACGUUUAGAGUACAGUAGCCUACGAGGAUGAAUUUGAUAUAGAUGGUUGCAUUCUAUAAUUCCAAACAGCACAGUCUUAUCACCUAUCAGUGCAUUCUGAUUGAGCUCUAGGCUGGGAAACAAUCAUUUUUUUGUGCUACAGAAUUUCCAGUAAGGUAAAAAGGUGGUUUUGUUCAGAACUAUAAAUAAACGGACUAGUAAAAAUGAAAGAAAAGCUAAUCAUUUUUGUUUGUCGUUGUUUUUUUUUUUUUGUUUUUUUCUCCUCCUGGUAAAAUGUAAUUUAAAUUUAUACAAAGUCCUAAAUCAGUCUGUAGAGAAAAAAAUCUGAAAGUAUAUUGUUGUACAAAAUGUAAAACACAUAAAAACAAAACAUGACCAGAAUAGGAAGGGAUUUAUGGUAGAAAUCUCCGAUAUUUCAUUCCAGGUAUAUUCCUAUACUGUGACCACAUGGCCCAGAUUUGAUCAUAGACGGGUAGUAGUCAACAAAUGGCUUAUUCUUCCCUGUCGCAAAGGUUCACCAUCUGACCAGGAACGAUGAUAAUGACUGUCCGCAUGCAUUUGCUGCAGUUAGAUUAGUGAAUGUGCUGAUAAUUUCUAAAAGACUCCGAGUGGGAUUGUCCCAGUUAUCUGUUUGCAAAAAUGCAGCUUCUCUGCAGUCCAGGAGUGGCCGUUGGCCACUCCAGAUUCACUCAGCUGGUUGUGAGCAUGGUUACUGGAUGGUCCUGUGUACCUCUGUCUUUCAAGCUAAUAUACUUGCUUCAAUCGGUAUUGUGACCAAUCCCAUUUUAACAUAGGAGGGAAGUUAUGUUUUUUGCUUUAUGUACUUACUAAGAGCUGAGAACAAAACAUCAUCCUUUGUACUCUGGCAAUCUGUAUUUAUCCAGGUUAGGGAAGUAUUAUUAAAAGGUUUGUGCUACGUCGCAAAUUUUCUAUUUUAGGGUUCCACGAUGGUGGUACACUAUGUCAAAGGGUUCCACAGGAAAAAUGAAUCGGGAACCACUGAUCGAUGGGUUAGACUGGGGCCACAAGAUUCCAGAUUUGUAACUCAGAAUGUUAUGGCUGUCCACCACAGCUGAUUGAGCCUAUGAGUAAACAGUUUCUAGCUGUGACAUUGCCCUUGUACUCUGCCCUGCUCACAUUGUGUACAGAGCAGUGUGCUGUGAGGUUUCCAGGAAGUCCCAGUGCUGGGUUCAGUAAACAUGAAAAGCAGACACGCCACUUGGCACAGUACCGGCUGUUGCCUAAUCACUGUGACGAUGAGCUUGACUCACAGUUCUUACUUUCUGUUUUCGUUUUCCCAGGCUAACCUUUCUGAAAGCUCAGCGCCUAUAAGGAAGUUAAUACUGAGCUGUGAGCAAUCUCCAGGGGCUUUGCUCUGUGUACACGCAGGUCGGCAUUUUACCCUGCUAAAUCCAGGCACUUUGCAGGCUUUACAGAGCUUGAUGCACAUAAGGAAAAGAAUACAUACUGAAUGUAUCUUGACUCAGCAUACCAAAAAAAAUCCCAACAAUCGACUGAUCCACAUGGAGAUGUAGACUGGUCAGGUUAAUAUGAUAAAUGGAGGUGAGUGUGGAAUCCACUGAUGGUGUAAUAUUGAGAUAAACCAUUCACUAUGAUGUUUACAUAAAUAAGUGCUAUCCAAUUUAGAGAAUAUUCCUGGGAGCUGAGGGCACAUUCCCUCCCACCCUCUCACAUGGGAUACUUUUCUUAAGGAUUGUAAAAACAAGAUGAUUUUUCUUCUGAUUAGUUAAUUCUUUGCUAACCAGAACAGGAAUCCUUUGUGAAUUAAUGUUUAAGAUAUACAAUUUGGAGAGGCUGCAGUGAAGGUUUGUUUUUUGUGUGUGUGUUUUAAUUCAGAGCUGUGUUUUCAGAAUGAGUUGGAUGGAAAAUUAUCAUCAAGAUUUUGCUCUUUAAGUGCCCUGAAAGGCUUUUCAGGAUUGGUUCCAGUCAGUUUAGCAGUUUUAUUUGCCCCUCUGUUUGUUUGUUGUGUUACUUGGCAUGGAUAGGCUCUAAACACGUUUUACAGGCCUCAAACCCAGUUACCGUCUUUCUCAGAUUUGAUUACUGGUCCUGUAGAAGCUAAAACCCCCCACUUACUAAUACAUUCAGAGCGUGUGGGAUAUUUAUAUUUAGAAAGUGAUUCUUUUCUUUUUAAACCGGGGCCAGUAAUCCGUCAUGUGGAUGGAAUGGAACAAAGAUUGUGAAAUGUGCUGUCUCGUAGCUUGUAAACAAGGCCAAUAGCUGUGCUUCCGAAGUCAUUCUUUUUAUUCUACCCCAUAUUUGUUAUCGUUUAACCAGAGGAAAUUGUGGAAUCCGAAUUUGAUAACUUUACUGCUGAAGAUGCACUCGAAUUAUGUUCAAAUGUUUGGGUUUCUUCACUAAACAGGAUUGUAGAUGAAAUUGCAAAUUUCACCAGUGCUGGGCUGAAAAUCGUGACACAGUGUGGCUUAAAUCCACCUCCAUCUGCUCAUUACGUGGGAGGGCACCGGUGGUGAACAGGGUGCUGCAGUGUUUUUGGUGCUUGAAGUGUUUCUUGGAAUGCCCCAUGUAUUUUUCCCAAGACCAUAAUCAAUUUGGCUCAGUCUAGCUGCCAGUACAUUUGAGAUGCCUUGCAUUUACAUGUGACAUCAAUAUUUGUGCAUGGUCAAUUAAGCAGUACAUCUGACAAAAGAGAAUUUAAAGAUGGCUGCCCUCAUGAACCAAGGGUAAGCCGCGCAACGCUCUGAAAUAGUUAUCAAUGUGUAUGCAUUAUGAAGUAAUACUGGGGCUAUAAUAAAUCUGAGCUUUUAUUUGAAAUGAUCUUGUCCCCUUUAGGAUCAGAAGGGCAUUUAGUGUGGUGAGUUUUAGAGGGGCAGUCUGUGCUGAAUUAGUGGUUUUCUAUAUAGUUUAGUAAAUAGAGCUUAAGAUCUGAUUCUCUCUGGACAUGAGGUGGUGAGAAAAACCUUUAUCAGAUGCUCAUUAGUAAUUGCACCUCUUUGUAUUUUUAUUUUAUUUAUCUUUUCCUCUCUUUUUUUAAUUUUUUUUUUUUUACUGCAUUUGAAUUGCAGUAGGCUCCACAUUCCACUGAUAUCAGUCUGAAUUUUGUACUGCUGGCACAUCUCCAGUUAUUCUUUUUCACUUACUCAUGACUGUUUUCCAUGAUGGUUUAACUGAUUCCUGUGUCUGCGGAAUAAUCCCUGAAAUCGGUUAUAAUAUUUGGCAACAUGCACUUGGUGAUAUUACCACUGGUUCCGUUUGGGAAAAAUCAGUACAUUUUUGUGUGCUAUUUAGUGCUGCUAUUAAAUCAUCAGCAUUUUAACUCACUCAUGUGAAAUAUUUCAUUUAUUUUUUUUUCCUUAGAAAGCUUUAAAAUGAAAACCCUGUAAAACUGUGCAUCUUAUUCUCUGGGAAUGUUGUGUUCUGAUGCCGCAUACAGGUCAGUUUUGCAAAGCUGGGAUAACAGUCUGUGAAUUGCCUCUGCAGAACAAGAUGUUUUCAGGGCUGCGCACGCUGUGGAACGUGAUGAAUCACAGAGAGUGCAGACAGUGCAAUCAGGGAUAAUGGCUGUCCUUACAGCGACAAUCCCGUUUACAUUGUGCACCAUUGCGCAAUGCCAAUCCCACUUAAACCUAGACUUGGUAUGUGCAGACUCCACGGUGCCUGGCUGCUCCUUGCUCUGUGAAUGCCGUCCUAUGAAAGCCUCUGUAAUCAGAUUUAAAGUGUGCCCAUGGGGUUAAGCGCCGUCAUAGCUACUAAAGUUGUCACGAUUAUUGUAACAAUUUGCUGUGUAAAUGUGUGAUUUCUGGGGUUAACAAGGCCACAAACACUUUGGCAAGAUUUAUCAAAGUGUUGCAGAUCAUUUGGAACCUUUUACUGUUUGUUUUGCUUCUUUUAAGAUGUGAAGAGGGGUAACGAUUUUAUUCUGGGUUUUAUUUUUUUGUGAGCGUUUUUUCCCCCCUUCCUUCAACUGUUCAUUUUUGCUGGACUCUUUCUGUGUUUCUGAUCUCUCUUCAUAUUGUGAAUGUUUAACAUAGAACAGAGUUACUUGCUCUAAUUGGAAAUAAAAUUGCAGUUUUUACACUAAUAUCAUGACAAACUACAUCAUGGUAGUAUCUUCUUGCACAAAUAGACCAUAGGAAGCAAUGCGAGCAAAUGCAGAAUCUUCAUAUAAUGAUCCCAGGAAAAUUACAAACAAUGGCGAAAAACAGGGGCUAGCUGGCUGUGUGCUUUAUUCGGGAGAUCAGGCUGGCUGUGUGCUUUAUUCGGGAGAUCAGGCUGACUGUGUGCUUUUAUUCCGGGUUUCAGGCAUGCUGCAGACGCUGUGUGUUUUAUUCUGGGGAUCAGGCUGUCUGCAUAUUACUGCCCUGCGCAGUGUGAAGGUUACUUAUUUUACUGUAUUGUGUACAUCACAAAACUGCAGCCAAUCAGAGAGCUUUUCCUAAGUGUUGCUGUGUGAAUGUAAUCUGCCUGGUGACAGUGUUCCGACCUAAAGUAACCCCUUCCACGUUACUUUGUUUUUCUCCCUGGUCCAGGAUUAGAUGUCCUCUUGCUUCUGUUGGGUGGCUGUGUAGCUGUGGUAUGUGUGUUUCUCCCACAGUAUACAGGGCACUCAUGUGAUCACAUCACCAGCUCUGUGUUUACACUACAUAGUGUUAAUCUAAUCUUCAGCUAGAGAAGCCAUCAGUUCUGACAUUACCUGCUACCCCUGCACAGUAUCCCUGGGGAAUAGAACCAGCAAAGUCUGCUGUGAAUCUGAUUCAUGGGAAAAGCUGGAGUGUACAUACAGGUACGGAAAAUGUUCCUUUCAUUCCUGGGCUGUGAGAUGUGUUGCAAGGGACUCAGUCCUAUUGUCAUUCCUCUCGCAUGAGAUGGGGGGCUUGGUUAUAUAUUACAUUUCUAGGGAGUGAGAUGCAGUGUAGGGGGUUCUGUUACAUAUAGUACUCCCCCUCCAUUUCUAGGGAGUGAGAUGCAGUGUAGGGGGUUCUGUUACAUAUAGUACUCCCCCUCCAUUUCUUGGGAGUGAGAUGCAGUAUAGGGGGUUCUGUUACAUAUAGUACUCCCCCUCCAUUUCUAGGGAGUGAGAUGCAGUGUAGGGGGUUCUGUUACAUAUAGUUCUCCCCCUCCAUUUCUAGGGAGUGAGAUGCAGUGUAGGGGGUUCUGUUACAUAUAGUUCUCCCCCUCCAUUUCUAGGGAGUGAGAUGCAGUGUAGGGGGUUCUGUUACAUAUAGUUCUCCCCCUCCAUUUCUAGGGAGUGAGAUGCAGUGUAGGGGGUUCUGUUACAUAUAGUACUCCCCCUCCAUUUCUAGGGAGUGAGAUGCAGUAUAGGGGGUUCUGUUACAUAUAGUUCUCCCCCUCCAUUUCUAGGGAGUGAGAUGCAGUAUAGGGGGUUCUGUUACAUAUAGUACUCCCCCUCCAUUUCUAGGGAGUGAGAUGCAGUGUAGGGGGUUCUGUUACAUAUAGUUCUCCCCCUCCAUUUCUAGGGAGUGAGAUGCAGUGUAGGGGGUUCUGUUACAUAUAGUUCUCCCCCUCCAUUUCUAGGGAGUGAGAUGGAAUGUAGGGGGUUCUGUUAUAUAGUACUCCCCCUCCAUUUCUAAAGAGUGAGAUGCAGUACAUCCUGGACCUGGUGCAUGAAAUGGGCGAUCAGAUACUUCUAAAAGGCCCUGGCUCAUACAUGUGGUGUGAAAUUAAGGGUGUUUACUCUUAGAUGAGCACAGUUUAGUUUAAUUUUCAAUCACAUUAACAAGGUUUUGUGGUUUUUAUCUCCUGCUCUGUAAAAACAUCUUCAGGGUCUAGAAGGCUAUUAUUAAUAGAGCAUGAAGUAAGAAAUUAUAGAUUAAACAGACUGUGCAGUAAAGAAACUUAGAAUAUUUAGGUUUCUUUUCAGGGAGUAUUUAAGAAGGCUGAGUCACAUGCAGGGAGGUGUGACUAGGACUGUACAAACAAAAACAGUCUCCAUGCACUCCACAAGCUGUUUUGUGAUUCUAGUAUCCCCAGUACGUCCAUCAUUAUUAGGUUCCAAGCAGAGGUGAUGGACCAGGGUGCCCUCAAGCCUAAAUGGGCUAGUAUAUUAUUAGCCCUUUAGACUCUUUCAUGCUAUUUACUAAAGUGAGAAUUUGGUCAAAAAAGCCAAAUUAGGAAAAUUCUUUAAAUACAUUCUAUUUUCAGUUUGGCUCUUUUUGUCCUAAAGGGACACUCUAGUCACAAGAACCACUACAGCGGGGAUGGAGUCAUCCGCACUACUGCACGGACACGGUCUGAGACAGCUCCGUCUACAUAGUGUGGGAAUCCACUACGAUCGGGCAGAACUUACAACAUGGAUCACCCCAAAAGAUCCUUAUCAAGUCAGCACUCUACUACUAAACACUCUGUGGGGAAAUCAGGCACCCUUACAAAAUCUUUCCGUGACAAUGCGGACCACCAUGCGGGCGCAUCAGGCCAAAACAUGGCUCCGGAAUCAUCCCAAUACGGCUCAGCUCCAUCAAGUCCGGAGGGCUCCGAGGCUUUGUUAUGCCCAACGGACAGUGACCUUAAAGAGGUACUCCAAAAUCUCCCCUCAAAAACGGACAUAGCUGCCAUGUUAGACAGACUGGAGGUUUCCUUCCAAACUUGAAUGGAAGCCCUGGGGACUGAUAUCCGCCAGGUGGGCGAAAGGGUUAAUACCCUAGAAGAUGACAGGAAUCUACUGGUCUCACAAGUACGUCUGGUCAUAGAUUUGCUCAGAUGAAGGAAUAUUCGCUGCAGAUAGGGUUUCCCCCUGACUCUUAUUGCACACAUAAAGGCAAAACUCACUCGCUGGCAUCAGCGCAGGACAUCAGAAUCUUUAACCAAGCAAUGGAUUUCCCAGACAUACAGGUAGCUGAUUGGUAUGGACUGAAUCAAGCUGCUGUACCCACGCAACCCCAACAACGACAAAGGUGGCAAACCCCAGCGGGUUCAAGCUCACUAGACACUGAUAAAGCAUGACCGUCCCCACUGGUCGUGGACUGUUUGCACCAAUCCACUUAAAAUAGGCCCUGGAACUGCACUCACCCCACCGCAUGGACUCACGGUAUCUCGUAUUCAGAUUCAGACUAUUCUCUAAUCCCUGACAUUUUUACUUCCAUUCCUCUUUCCGUUAUAACCAUAAUUACUAAAUGGUACUCUACAUACAAAACACUCUGGGCAUUAGGCUCCUAUCAUCCUACCGCGACACUUUAAAGUGCCCAUAUCAUAUUCCCCACGAGUCUAACAAAUUUACUCUUAGAUCCCGGGACAUGGAAAGUAGCCCAGCACAAUAUACAUGCUCUUCGCACGUAUUAGGUUUGAAUAAGAACAACAAAAAAAACAAGGGGUUUCUUUGACUUUUUUUGUUUUUUUUGUUAUGACCUCUCAAUAAGUUGGUAUCCCUCCCCCACCCCCAAUUAAGGCACUAUUCAACACCCAUUUCAUGCAUUGUGAUUGUAUGAACUAACCGAUCAUUCCUGAGACACGCCAAAUAUUGGUGCUAAUGUGUUUGUUCUCUAUGUUUAUUGGUUGAAAUUAUUUUUAUUUUUUUCCUGUUCUCAUACCUACUUGCGCAACCAGGUUACUCAUAUUGGAUGUUGGAUGCACAAAUCCCCUCUUGCCAUCUAUUAAGCCCUCACAUCCUGUUGGCCACUUAGCAUAUCUAAAUCAGCCCAUGCCCGCCUUACACUAUUAUUGAGAAUUCCCAUCCUAGACGGACCUCACUAUCCCGCAUACAUUCCAAACACUAUAACAAUUACUAUACUUCUCCCCCUCACAUACUAGCCAACUGUGUAACACGCACUGGAUAAACCGCCCAGUUUAGCGGCAACUAUACUAAUUCCCAGAGCACACUUUUAGUACCUGGGGACAGUUGCUGACAAUACCAGUUGUCUUUUACAAUUGACAAAAAGUACGCUAUAUUGCACCUAACUGGUGUCUCUUCUUUCAUUUUUUUUUUUAUUUUUUUUUUUUUUUCUGUAAAUAGUUAUUUAGAUAUUCAGAUUGGUUCUUUACACUGACUGGUUUUACCCUAGACAGGUUGCAACCCUUCUGGUGUUGGUAUGGCCACCCUCAGGUUGAUCUCCCUAAAUGCCAGGGGUCUAAAUCUCCCAGAAAAAUGUACACAGGUACUUACAGAACUCCACAAUUUCAAAGCUGACAUUGCAUUCCUGCAAGAAACCCAUUUCAGAGUGGACACCACCCCCACACUACAAAACAAGCAUUACCCUAAUGAAUACUUUAGUAACUACACAAACUCUAAAGCAAGCAGUGUGGCCAUAUUGAUAGCUGCCGGGGUUCCAUUUGUUUAUAAGAUGCAUGAAUCCACUGACUCGGGAAGAUUGUUGAUGGUAAAGGGACUAGUAGGACAACAUAUGGUAACUUUAGUGAACUUAUCUAUGCCUAACAGGAGACAGGGCAGAAUGCUCAGGAAAUACCUCAACCUAAUGGAGAAAUUCACUGAAGGGAUCCUACUCAUGGGAGUGUACUUCAAUAUCUCCAUAAGCGCACACCUGGAUACCACAUCCACAGCAUCCGAUAUCAACAACCAGAAAGAGGGUUACCUCACUCCUAGACGAGACACGAUUAUUUGACAUAUGGCGAAUUACACACACCCCCAAGAUCAUGAUUACUCCUUUUACUCACACUCAACACACACAUACUCUAGAAUUGAUUUGAUAUAUUCACUCAACACCGGUUCCUUCACUUAGUUCGCUCUUGUGAUUAUGGACCAACCAUGCACCCCUGUCUCUUGCCAUCCAGAUCCCCGAUUUGCCUUCCCAUUCCUUCCAAUGGAAAGUAAACAACCUACUAUUAAACACCAAAACUGCCACUGACCCCAUUCAAAAAACUAUUAAGCAAUACUUUGACAAGAAUACACAACCCUCUACCGCACCCACUGUGAUGUGGGAGGCACAUAAAUGUGUGAUGAGGGGGCAACUUAAAGCAUUAGCUUCCAACCUUAAAAAAACAGUGCAAGGAAAGAUCAGACACACUCUUAGCAGAGAUAAGAACAAUGGAAAGUGCAUACAAGCGCUCUGCCACUCUAGACAACUACAAGAAACUGUCGGAAAAGAGAUCAGAAUCGCAGCAGCUUAUGGAUGCCCAAAUUAAACAAACGUUAUUCACAAAACACUCAUAUUACUUCCAAGGUGGCAGAUGCGGACGCUUACUAGCCAGCGCAAUCAAAGAUACGAGACAAACCACAUUUAUCUCCAAAAUAAAAACACAAACAGGGGGGAUGUCUCAUAAACUCCCAGAUAUUCUUAGGGCAUUCCAAGAGUUUUAUACCGAGCUCUAUAAUAUACGUACUACCCUGCCUACUGUUACUGAAGUGGAACAACAAUCAAACAAACCAUUCCCUACAACCUUUUACAAUACUUAGACGCACCAUUACAUAUAGAUGAAUUAUUCUUUGCAGUAAAAGCCUCCCCCCUUGGCAAGAGCCCAGGACCAGACUGCUUCACGGCUAAAUACUAUAAGACGUUCUCAAAGCUGCUCGCAGCUCCCUUUAUUGACGCAUUUAACUCACUCAUCGCAUCCCCGCAACUACCAGAUGCUGCUCUGGAAGCCCAUAUCGCCCUCAUUCCUAAACCAGGGAAGGACACGACCCUGUGCGGAAGUUACUGCCCCAUUUCCCUUAAAAUCUUUACUAAAAUCCUAGCCUACCGCUUACGCCCCCUUCUGCAGGGACUGGUCCACCUCGACCAGGCAGACUUUGUACCCGAACGUGAAGCCAAAAACACCACCACCAAAUUAAUAAACGUAUUGCUAAAAAAAUCUGACAUCUGGAGCCUUUUAUUAUCAAUCAACGCGGAAAAGGUGUUUGACAGGGUGGACUGGUCCCUGCUGCUCACAAACCUCAAAGCUAUAGGCUUUGGCUCGAACUUAUUACAAUGGAUACGAUCCAUCUACUCCAAAUCAAGAGCACGUAUUCGAAUCAAUGGCCAACUGUCCGAACCCCUCACGAUCUCAAAUGACACGAGACAGGUGUGCCCUUUAUCAACGCUUUUGUUCAUCUUAAUCAUGGAACCCAUUCAGGGCAUCAGGGACAACCCCACUACACACAGUUUUACUGUCCAGGAUAGCAAAUGUAAGUUAGCAGCCUUCGCUGACUACCUUCUCUUCACAAUUACCCAACCGUUGCUGUCUAUGCCACUGAUCCUGGGGGAAAUCUCCUUAUAUCACCAUGUGUCCAACUUUAAAGUCAAUUUCAAUUUAAAGUCAAGUGAGAUCCUCCCAUUAGUGCUAAACGAUCAAACUAAGACAUCCCUAAAAAACUAUUUUCCCUUCCUAUGGUCCCCACAUCUGUUAAUUACCUGGGAAUACACCUACCUAUACACCAAUACAAACUCUUUGACUUGAACUUCCUAUCCCUAUUGCAAACUAUUUCUUAAGACCUGACUAAAUGGCACAAACCACACUUCAGCUGGCUAUGCCGAAUAAACAUUAUAAAAAUGAACAUACUCCCCAAAAUUAUGUACUUACUACAAACCAUCCCUAAAGCUAUACACAAAUUGUUCUUUUCGGACAUAAAAAAAAUAAUUUACUCUCUUCAUUUGGGCUCACACUCACCCCAGACUUCCAUAUAAAACCCUCACAUGCCACAAACAUCAAGGCGGCCUAAGCCUUCCAAAUGUACUACCAAGCCACCAUGCUUGGGAAGAUAUAUGAAUAGACACUUCUGAACAGCUGUAAACACUGGGUCGUAUUCCAACACCCACUAUACAUCAUUCCAUGGCAACACCAGGGGAAAGCUCUCUUCAAACAAGUUCAUGCAACACAUCCCACAAUAAUACCUACUCUUAAAAUAUGGACACAAGUUAGGUAACUACUGAGCAUUUCUCCUCACCAAUCCCCUUUAUAUCCACUUUCACACAACCCGAGGUGUGCACCAGGCCUCUAUCUCACAUCCUUUGCAACAUUCCACUUCUCCCUCUACCUCACUCUGCGCUUAUUACUGAACGGCCAGGGCGUCACACCACUCCAUAGUAUUUGGACUUAUAGAACGCUCACAGUGUUAGAACAAUUCAGGUACUCCCAGCUCACCCAAUUUAUCAUGACCACCCCUAAAAGGGAACAAACAACUUACAAUAUCUGAAAACCAUUGUGCUUCCAGAGACAUUAAAACGAAACUUCUCUCACGAUGUAUAAGGCACUGCAGCAGGAAGCAUCUCCCUCCUUGCCAAAAUACGCAAGCUCUUGGGAGUCUGAGCUCAAUCUCACACUUACACAAAGGGACUGGAAAUGCAUAUUCUUUAAUGUACAUAAGUCUAGCAUUAGCACACACACUCAAGAAGGAAAUUACAAACGAUUAUCCAGAUGGCACCGUCAAAAAUACAAAAAAAAUUCCCAAAUGCAUCAGCAGCCUGUUGGAGAUGCUCCCACCCUAUAGGGACGACAGGUCAGAUAUGGUGGAUCUGCCCAACUAUUAGUGAGUAGUGAUGUCCCGAACGGUUCGCCGCGGACGGCAAACAUAAACUUUGACCCUGUACCUCACAGUCAGGAGACACAUUCCAGCCAAUCAGCAGUAGACCCUCCCUCCCAGACCCUCCCACCUCCUGGACAGCUCACUAAGAAUGCAGCUUCACAAUGAAUGUAAAAUGGAUGCCGUCCAGGAGGUGGGAGGGUCUGGGAGGGAGGGUCUACUGCUGAUUGGCUGGAAUGUGUCUGCUGACUGAGGUACAGGGUCAAAGUUUGUUUAUGUUCGCCGUCCGCGGCGAACCGUUCGGGACAUCACUAUUAGUGAGUACUGAUCCAAAAUAGCCAAAAUGAUUCACUCCGUGACCAAAAUCAGGUUGCCUACUACACCGGAAACUUUACUCUUCUUCCACUACCCGAACCCACUCCCCAGACUGACACGAUCACUGAUUACACAUCGGCUUACAGCAGCUAAUGCCCUUAUUCCAGCGAACUGGAAAAAAAUUAGGAGCACCCACGAUCAGGGAAUGGAUCAAUAAGGUAGAAUCCAUUUGCCUCUUGGAAGAGGUGCAUUUUUCCCUAACACCUGCAUAUGGCAUGUACGAGAGCAUAUUGAGCCCUUGGACACUAUUUCUCAAUAACACCAGACAAACCAGCAGUCAGUUAGUACACUCAGUGUAAUGGUAUACCUGAACGGCCUCAAACACAUUUUUACGCCAGACUGAAUGUUAACGUUACACCCAGUUUCCCCAUAAUUCUUCCGAAUCUGUUUUUACCAGCAUAAAUAGCAACGACCCAUUAAUUUCUGUUUCGUACAUGUUAUUGUUCUUCUGGGUCACAGAAAUGUUCUUUGCACUCAUUCAACUGAAAGCUUGUUUGAUUGUGUGUACAACUGCAGCAUACUUUAUUCCUGCUGUACUAGAUACACUGUACUGUUGCAAUGCCUGUGACCUAUGUCGAUACUUGGUUAAAAAAAAAACCCCAAAAAAACCAUUACAGCUUAAUUACAGCUUUAUGGUGUCUAUAGCCUGUCCUGCAGGCUCAGCAAUGUAGAAGCAUUCAGAGACAAGGCAUUAUUACAUUGCUGCCGUCACCUCUAGUUGCAAUCACUCAGAUGGCCACUAGAGUUGCUUCGUAGUUCAGUGCUGCACAGUAUGCAGCACCUACGUUCAAUGUCUCCAUCCUUGGCAUGGGAGUCUGAUUUACACUCCUAUUUAUCCAAACUAUUGACUGUCCCUCUGUAAUAUAAGAAUGUAAUGAAUGUAGAGUAUUAUGGUUUGUGACCUCUGUAACUUUGUAUCAUACCUCGCCCCCCCACACCCCCCAGCUACUUCCAAUUGGCAAGCCGCCACGUCACCUUGACCCAGACUUGACAUCUGUCUACUUUCUUUCUAUCCUGGUAAAACCUGAAGUUAUUUUGUGAUUGUUAUUCAAAGUGUGAGAAAUUCUUAAAUGAAAAACAAUUGAACAAACGCCACAGAUUAAUGUCUUGAUUUACAAGGGUAUUGAAAGGAUAUUAGAACAGAAGUGCAGCAAGUCCUAUGCUGUGUAUGUACCCCCACACCGUCCAUCCUCCCACUGUGUCUAUAGGCAACGAAAACGCGUCAACCAUCUCUUAGAAACAUGAAAUGCUUUGUUUUUCUAAUCCUUUCGAUGAUUCUGCAUUUCCCUGGUAUGGUAAAACUUUUUCAUCCCUUUGAAUGCAUUGCUUGCAGUUAACGCACACAGUCCGUUUUGAAAUUUUGUGCAUUUUAUUUUGAUUGCAAGAUGACCAGGAUGGUCCUUCUGCAAUCAAAUGUCUCGUUCAAACUAUCGGUCCCUCUAUGCAAUACGUUGGUUACCUCUUUGGUAUUAGAGGAGGUAAGUCUCCCCAAAGCUGCUGUGCGGUGAAGUGUUUGUUCGUAAUGUGAUCAGUCCAUUACUUUAUUUAAAAAAUCUCAAACUUGUUCCAUAGUGCAUGCAUCAGGCUACAAGUCUCCUAGUUCAGCUAGUUAAGCAUUAUGAUAUUCAGUGAAAUGUUGGCGACUUUUAUUAUUCCUCGUAUCCUCAUCCAUUUCCUUUACCCCAGUCUUAAAACUCCAAAGUGUUAAAAUUCUCUGUGGGCUUAACUAUUACCCAUAACAACCACCUGACAUUCACCAUUCUUCAAAUCCGAGCUCUGGUGUAUUUCUAAGACAGACUUGUCUAUUUGCUGGAAGCAUUGCACAAUAAUUGCUGUCUAUGUUAUUUCUCCAGGACAGCAGUCUCGUCUGCAGGCGUUCUGUGAGCUAUCUGACUCUGUUUAGGGAUGUUGUUGCUCUGUAGUCUUUCCUAGUGGAAGUUCUGUCUCUUAAAGCAAUAUCACCCAAUGUGUGGACUCUCUGCAAAAUGAUUAAUUUAAAAAAUAUAUAUUUUUUAAAAUUUCAUUCUAGGUUGGUUGUGUUUAAUCUGUAAACUAGGAAUGGCCAUUAUGUAUAUAUGUAUCUCUCUCUCUCUCUCUCUCUCUCUCUCACUAAUGUGUCAUAAAGGCUGUUAGGAUAAAUGGAAAGUGUAAGCUAUUUGCGACUGCUGUUCGUAGUCCGGGAUAACUGUGCGUAGUCCAGUUCUUUCCUUAACCUGUUAAAUCAUAGAAUAUCCCGUGGAGCACUGCAACAGGGCCUAGAUGAUCGAAUCUUCACCCCUUCUGCAGUAUCUGCUGUAUAUAGUACAGUAAGUAUGGUCCUAUGUGCCCAACACUGGUUACACAUGUACAGGGUUAUUUAUAAAAGUGAGGAUCAUUGGCAUUCAAAGUAAAUUUCAAAUGUAAGGCCAAAAUAACCGAAUUGGAAUAAUUCUCCAAGUCUGCUAUGCAUCCAGUUUUGCUAUUCUGGUCUAGAUUUUGAAAUUAACUUUAAAUUCCUGACAAUUCUCAGUUUAGUAAAUUACCAUGCUAGCCUUUAAUUGCAAGUUCUAUCCCUCUAUAACCAAAUCCCAUGUUCAGUGAAUAUUGCUGCCCCUUACAGAGAACUAGUAUAUAUUCCCUUAAUUUGUUAAGGCAAACAUUCUCCCAGAUUUGGCUACAGAUGCAGGUUGGGACACACGCUACUCUGUAAAACUCUUAACCUGAAAUGUUAAGUAGACAACUUUCUCCACGACUCCACUCAGCAUUUUAAGUGAUUUUAUCAUCAGUUUUGCCUUGUAAUCCCCGCGGGCUGCCGUGUGUAUUGUAGAUAGUGCUUUGUUUCGUGCUGACCGUAGCACUACUUGUGCACACUGCAGAGCUAUGCUGCCUCCCCUGGUAUUGGGAAUAUCUCAUUGACUUUAUAUCACAGGCAUUUUGUUUUGUUUUUUUCUCUUUUUUAAUGAACUUGCUCAGAUAUUAAGGGAAUAUUUGAUUCUUGGAAAGGUGAGGCUAAAAUUCGGAGAUCCAGGUCAGCGAUCGAGGGAUUGAUCACAACUGAGUGCAUCAUUUCUUCUUUUGUUGAAAUUGUACAGAUUAUGCUGUCAGAUUUUACUAACUAAAUUCAACAUAAAUGCAUAUGUAUGGACAGCAACUGUCACAACUUAAAAAUAAAGUGUAAAGUGAUACAGUGAAAUAUAAAUUAAUAAACUGGCAAAAACCUUCCUUUAAACAAGGAAUGUACCCCAAAGAUAUCCCCUGAUCUUUAAAAUACCUAGGGGCAAUUCUGCCAGGGAAGACAGACAUGGCACAACGUAGUGGAACCUGUAUAUAGAUUUUAAAUUAGAUUUUUGUCCAGCUGGCCACUGGCCACUUUUUAUGCCAAAAAAAGCCUUCAGAAUGCUACUUCCAUUUAGAGGUCUUCCUAAAUCUUCAGCUUUAUUUUCAAUCUCUGUGCAAUCUAGUUAGAGAUAUAAAGUGCAACAAUAUAUGAUCGAUGCAAGGUAAAGUGCAGAAAUAAGUAAGCAACAGACAAUGUAGUAUGUCACCACAAGUCCUAGGCGUUUGUUCCCUGCCAGGGACUUUCUUAGGGACAGUUCUGUUGUGCAUACAAGUCAAACAUGAAUAUAAACCCCCCUCCCCACCAGAGUCCUUUUAAACCCCUCCUAAUGGUUCCAGCAACUCUUUCAAAAGUCCCUGUCCUACUUCUCAGUUGAGACCAAUCUGUUUCCACUUCAGUUUCAGGUUCUGCCUUCGCUGACAUCACAUAUCAUACAUACAUACAUACAUAGAUCGAACAGGCAGAUAAUUAAGUAUUCAGUUUGUGCAUCAUGAAGAUAAAUAUUAUAGGCUUAAAAGUGAAGGGGGUGGGAGUGCUCUUUAUGGUGUACAAGUUGUGAGUGGCAAGUUGGACAAAUACAAUAUACAGUUUUCCACCAAAUUAGAUUGAAUUGUUUUUUUUGUAUUUAAAUGUAAAAUACUUUCAUUCUGAGUUUAAAUUAUCAACCAUGAGUUCCCCCAGUUUCUGAGACUUUGAAUUAUGUUCCUGUACAGGUUGCAGCACAGGUAGCGAGACAGCCAGGGCCUCCGGCCCCCUCCCCAUAUUCUACACAUGACUUAACUAAGGGACUUCCCAAUCUGGCCGUCACACCACCCGGGCAUGCCUCCUCUCCUGGACUUUCACAGGUAAGAUCUUAUCUAUAACCCCACCAGUGCCUUACCCCACCUUGUCUGCUUUAUAAUUAAAAAACAAAUCUUUGCAUUCUGUAUUCACAGCUCUACUAUCCUGUGUACCUACCUGUCAGGAAAUACUAUGACCCCAACACGCAGUGUCUAAGUAAAACACAGGUUAAAUAAAACUCUUGUGAAACAAACGUAUUACUGGUACUUGGCGUGGCAGGACUUAAUGUAAAUAUAGACUAGUCAGAGACAAGCCAAGGUCAUGAAUAUAGAGUGAGAAAAGUAUGAGAAGACAGGCCAAUAGGUCAAGGAUAACAGGAGGAAAAAGUCAAUAACAAGCAGAGGUCAGAAUGGUAAAAAAAAAAAAAUUCAAUGGAAAUGCACUCUCUGAUUACGGGUAAAUGGGCUUAAAAGAAAAUCUAAAAUGGGUUUAAAUAAACCCUAGGAUGGCAGGAAUUGGUCAGAAUUACCCCUGUGACACCAAAACGUGCAUCACAUUAGCACCUGUUUAGUCAGUGGAGGUGGAACUAAAAAUGGUUCCACUGUCAAAUAUUCCUUUCUUAGUAACCACCCACUUGUUCCGAUCUAUAACCCCUCCAGCUCUUUAUAUAGUUUAUCUAUCCCCAUUAGAGGGAACCUCACACAUAGCACUCUGUUACAGUGUCACAAUGAGGCUCCAUAUUUGUGAAACUCAGACUGCACUGUAUCACAUUCAAUGCACAAUUUGCCCCAUCCCAAGCGUGUGCCAUUUAUGCAUAAUGCAGACUGCCCUUGCCAUAACUCAUGUUUAUUCACAAGCCAUAAAACUCUGUCCCCAUAUGUAUUUUUUUGGAAUCUGUAACGAGCACUGGUCACACAUUAGCAUUUUUCUGAAAGGAAGUACAUGCUAGUUAGUGGUAAUUGCUGUUCCAACCCCUGAGGCAAAUAAGUUUGUAAAACUUUUUCUUACAACAUCAAAUUUAAGCUCAUAUUUCCAUGCUGGGUUUCGCAAUCAAAACAACGGCAUACUGCACCUUCCCCCUCUCCAGUGCCAAAUUUAGCAAAGGUACAAAAGGCAGUUUAUUUUUAGGCCUCUAAGUGCGUAGCCUAAUCAACAUUGGUGGAGCUAGACAAUCUAAGCACUAGUAAUGCUUGGAAUAAAUAGGCAAACUGCAUGCUCAUUAGAUACAUGCUAGUCUGCCUUUUGGAGAGAUGAGUCACGCUCUGCCACUUACUUCCGGCUUUGUCAGCACGACAUCAGCACAAACACAACAAGGGCCUGACAUUUUAACCCAUGAUUGUCAGGUAGCUAUUUAUACACUUAAAAUAAUCCAGGUUUUCAGAACAUGAUUAAUAGAUCUGGUCUUCACCAUUGCAAGUCAAUUUUUUUUUUAUUUUUUUUUAUAUAUUUACCAUAUUCAAGCUUCAAAAGCAUGCAACGUUUUUUAAAAAUACAGUACACCGUUAAUUGGAUUCAGAAAAGUACAUAACCCACCUGAGCACAUUUUUACAAGGUGAGGGCUGUGGUUCUUGCUCUGAUUUAAAUUUUUGUUUAAAUUUGAGCAUUAGAGCAUAUGCACCUUCUUUAAUGGAUACCUCACCCAAUUCAUUCUAGGGCUCUCCUUGCCCUGUCAACCCUGUCAGACUUCAUCUCCUAAUUGUACAACCGCCUCAUCACUUCUACUUGCAUCUCCUCUAUAGGAACCCCCAGUAUGGUCCCCUCAGCCUAUGCUUUCUUUAUUGGACACCCUGCUACUUGCCAGAUCACCUCAAUCUUCACCCCUAUGUAAGAGGCCAGUCUCCCUCUCAGGCCCAUUCACUAUGAAACUUCUCUAUAGGUCAUCCCAUUAUAUUCUCCAUUACCUCCUUCUGCACAAACUGUAUUGGUCGCUUCUCUCAUUUUUCUUUUAAUCGUACUUGUUUUUGUCUAAUAGGCAUCUUACGCCUCGGGACAGAAUGCAGCGGCGCCUACACUGGUAUAUCAGCAACCGCCACAGACUAUGAGUACGCAGCCUCAAAAUCGCUCUCCGGUAAUUAUAAUUUACUCUCUUUGCUGUAAUUAAAACCCGUAAACUUCUGUGCUCAGCAGUAUAGUAACCAUAUUAAGCUUGGUUAUUCACUCCUUGACAUGUUGUUGCUUUAUGAUGACACUGGGACCAGAGCUUUGGUGGACUGUCACUUCAUUAACCCUUAGUUAACCAAUUCACAGGUACAUUCUGAGAGAGAAUGACAUAGAUCCACAAACAGUGUUGUGCGAGAGACAUGCAUAUUUGUAUAAAGUCUUCUACCUCCACUGGUUUAUAGCAGUUGAAGAGCUUUUCAUUAUGUUGGACCUGUAGAAAAGGGUUUAAUUCUGCCUUGAAUAGCAUCCAUGAUGAGGUGUCGCUAUAAGCCACACAAAUAUCUAGAAUUUCCCUGCCUUCUCCAUGUGUUAUGUUGUUUCUGUCGGUAUGACUUAGUGUUUAGGAGCCUAUGCAGCAAGUUGGUCACUGUCACAUGGGUAUGUUUGGAAUUUCUAAUUCUAAUUAAUUCUGCCUAUAAUAUAAAUAAUUUCCUUUCUGUUAUCCGCUCCCCUGGUAUAAAGAAACAUUAUAUGACUCACAUGGUGUCAAAUCCACACACCAGUUACUAGAGCACAUUGAAAACAUAAGUUUAAUGACUGUCGUCAUCAGAAAAGUAAAGUAGUCGCCCAUGAAAUGUGUUGUCGGAGUGUAUUGGUUUCCUUGGUGAUUGUUCCCACUUUUAGAAUGUUGCAUCUCUUUUCUAAUAACAAUUUUCUAAAUCUCCCCCAGGAUGGUUGUAGUCCCACGUUGCUGAGGCCUGGCUGCUAUGAUCGUACAUGUGUUGAUUUUUGUACCUUGUGUGUCUGUUGGAAUAGGGCUAUGUGGCACUAAAAAGUGGUGGCCUAGAUUUUACAGUAAAGAUCAGGAAGUAAUAUGGCGCAGGAACACAAGAUUUAGGGACCUCUUCUUGUCACCCCUUACUCCCUCAUAUAACCCCCCCACCCCCAAGCUGCCCUUUCCAAAAUGCUGAGCCUACAGAAUGAAACCCUUUCUCUACCAGCCACUAGGAACAUUGCACAUGGAAUUCCACAUUCCUUGAUACUGUAUCUUUCUGUGUGUGACAUUUUAAAUUUACAUUAAAUUCCUAGUCGUGUCACAUUAUAAUUGUGAUUUUUGUUAAAUAACUUACCUGCCAUCUAUUUAUGUAGCAUUUGUGUUCUGCUAAAAACUGCACCUAGAUUUUAUGGCUUGGAUUGUUCUGAAGGUUUUACAUGGAAGGAUUCGUUCAAUAUAUCGCCAUUUACACCAUAUAUAUAUAUAUAUUACUCCUCACAGUAUGUUUUAAUAUGAUUUGCUUGAAUUAAUGGAAUUAUCAUUUUGUGAUGUUUAUAUAAGAUCUAAACAUUUUGUGUUGGUGUGUGUGAUUGAAUUAUGGGUGUCAUACACCAACCCCUCUGAUGAUGGACUACAACUCCUAAAAUGUGUUUGAUUACAGUAGACAAGCCAGGGAAUAAUGGGAGUUGAAGUCCAAAUACAUCUGAGGGGCUGGGGAUUAAUUAGCCCUGAAUUAGAUUAUUUUAUACCGAUGCUCAUAUCUUGGGAAGUAUGUUGCUUUCUGUAGACACAUUAUUUAAUUACCCAGUACAUUAUAUCAUUCAGUAUUGUAAUAUACACAAAACUGGUUGGUUGUUUUUUGUUUAUUGUAACAUGUAUAUUUGUUACAAGUCGUUCAAAUCAUGCCCUGUUUCAUUUUGUUCCCUCCAAUUGUUUUUCCAACUGUAUUUUUAUCUGUAUAUUAUUGUGGUAAUCUGGACAUGUUCUACCUUGCUACAUUGUAUGUGCUUGUUAUAGUGCGUUCUGCUGAAGUGGAUGUCCUGUAUUCUUGAAAUGUUGACAAUCAGCUGAUAAAUUGUACAUGGGAUUUUUAUGCUUUCAAUACCAUUUUGGGUGUUCAUUGUUUGUCUACCAGUUCUCAAUAAGUAAUGAGUGACUACCACAAUCUACUUAGUAUAUGCCUGGCUAUUUUCUGACUUGAGACUAUGUUGGUUAGGCUCCUAAACACUUGGCUCAGGGGCGAUCAUGACUGUGACGCAAGGAUAUUAGCCCCAAAGGUUGCAGCUGUGAUAUCCUCACACUCCCAAGCCUGUCCUGCUCUACCAAAAUAUAUAUAUAUAUAUAUAUAUAGAUAUAUAUAUAUAUAUAUAUAUAUAUAUCUAUAUAUAUAUAUAUAUAUAUAUAUAUAUAUAUAUAUAUAUAGAUAUAGAGAGAGAGAGAGAGAUAUAUAUAUAUAUAUAUAGAGAGAGAGAUAUAUAUCUCUCUCUAUAUCUAUAUAAUAUAUAUAUUUUAAUACCCCCAUUGUUACAGUAAAGGAAAUAUCUAGUGCAAUUUACACUUCCCCUGUUUCAUUUCUGCAUUAAAUGGUAAUAAUUUGAUGAAGAUCCCACCCAGUAUUUGCCCGUGUCAUCUGAGAUCUCAUGCUGAUCCUGUGCCGUUUGUCACUAUAUCUCAGCCACGCUUGGAGUGUUUGCUGUAUUUUUACUGUCUGUGGGCACUGUAUUUGUGUUUUUGCCUCUCCUUUUGUGAUUGUCUUUCUCGCUCCUUUCUAUAGUUUGCAGCUGGACCUCGACCAACACAUCACCAGGUAACAUGUCUUCUGUUGCUUCCCAGCCCUCUUCUGCCCCCAUAGUCUCACUUGUCCUACUAACUUGUCUGCUAUGUUUAUUGAACACCAAUGGGCAGCCACAGCAAUUGAAAGGUGACUUGUGAAUAACACAGGAGUGUUUGCACUAAGUGCUUUUUGUGACAGUCCAAAUCUGAAACCAUUACUAAAUGAAUCAUUGUUAUAACACAACCUUUUGCAUUGGGUACCUCUACUUUUAUUCUAGUGAAUACUAUGGGUUGUGAUUUUGUGCCGGAUUGCUCACAAAACUGUGCUCAGGGAAAACUGUACACAGAGGCAUGGAAAGCUGUAAUUUGUCACCGCUAACUUUGUCUUCAAAUGCCUCUAUCCAAGAUCUGCGUAGAUUUUAUACUCUAGUUUUUUGAAAGCUAAAUCAUUUUAAAUUUCUGUAUAAUCCAGUCCGGGCAAGCUACACUCGUUCUCAAUGCCUUUGGCUGCUCAUUGGUGCUAAUUUAACACAAGUCUUUUAAAGAUGGGUUCGCUCCUGUUGGUAUUGGAGAUUCAUCAAUCGAUCUAUGCGUAGGUCUGUUAUCCUGCAGGCAAAUGUGAUUUAUCUGCUGAAUAAGGCCUAUUAUUUGAGUUCUCAGAUUUCAAACCCUAAUAUUAAAAAAAGCAGGAGGGAAUGCAUUUGUAAAGGAAUCAUUGUCUUUUACCCAUGUAAAACACUUUUUUUUAUUAUUUUUUUUAUGUGUAGUGUUCAUGGUUUAAUAUGUAUACAGUAUAAAGUAAGAAUUGCCCUGUCACAGUUGGUAUACGCUGGGCUUGCUGGAAGCACAAUGCAAAUACCAGAGGGUAACGAAGGAAACCCUAAAAAAAAAGCACUGUAACUGGUGACACAGACAGAAGAUUGCUAGGCAGAAUAAUGGCGCAGUUCUGACAAUUCAGAAACACAGGAGAGCUGCUGUGCGUAUUGGGUUUCAGUUUGUCGAGAUGAACACAGCCAAUCGCUAAUCUCCAAGCCCAGCCCAGUCCCUCCAUGCCCUGACUGUGCCCAUUUUAAUAUUAUUUAGUAGGAACUGGCACCAGGUGAGGUCAAUCCAACUCUUGGUUAAUAGUUUUCCUUUGUCAUUGUUCUUUCAAGGCUCAGUGAACCAGAAAUGCUCAAAUUGGCCUGCCAACACGAGAAUUUAUUGUUUACCCCAUCUUUAUCUCAUUGGGAUGCCGACACAAGAAUUUGUUUACCCCAUCUUUAUCUCAUUGGGAUGCCGACACGAGAAUUUAUUGUUUAUCCCAUCUUUAUCUCAUUGGCCUGCCGUCAUGAGAAUUUGUUUACCCCAUCUUUAUCUCAUUAUCCUGCCGACUCGAUAAUUUAUUUAUUUGUUUAUCCCAUCUUUAUCUCAUUAUCCUGCCGACACGAUAAUUUAUUUAUUUGUUUACCCCAUCUUUAUCUUAUUGGUCUGCCGACAUAAUUUAUUUAUUGUUUUCCCCAUCUUUAUUUCUUUAGCCUGCCGACACGAGAAUGUAUUUAUUGUUUACCCCAUCUUUAUCUUAUUGGUCUGCCGACACGAUAAUUUAUUUAUUGUUUACCCCAUCUUUAUCUUAUUGGUCUGCCGACACUAUAAUUUGUUUACCCCAUCUUUAUCUUAUUGGUCUGCCAACACUAUAAUUUGUUUACCCCAUCUUUAUUUCAUUGGCCUGCCAACACUAUAAUUUGUUUACCCCAUCUUUAUUUCAUUGGCCUGCCAACACUAUAAUUUGUUUACCCCAUCUUUAUUUCAUUGGCCUGCCAACACUAUAAUUUGUUUACCCCAUCUUUAUUUCAUUGGCCUGGCUUUGCCUAUCCCAUUGCUUUCCCAUCAUUUGCCUGCACUGUAUGCUACUGUGAGAUCUUCAGAUGUCAUUCCAUAUAGAAUGAAUAAGUCUUGAGAAUACUGCCUUUUAAAUGUACAAAUCUGUAGACGUUGGCGAUCUACAGAAUUAAUCUAUGUUCUCCCUAAAUAUAUCUCUUCAAAAGGGACACUCCAAUCACCCCACACAAGAUGUAUACAAUAUUUAGAAUAGGUCAGGUGUUUUUAUUUUUUGUUUUCAUUUUGCACCAUCUUCUACUCAUCUUAUGCACAAUAGUGCAGCAGUAUGAUACGUCAAGGAUAAUCGCACUUUACUACUGAGACAUUGAGGGCUUUCUUCUAGUUUCCAUGAGAUUGCUGCAAGCACAUAAGUUAAAUCCGUAAAGGGACACUCUGAGUACCAAAACAACUUAGGCCUAAUAAAUGGUGUUUGGUAUAUAGCUAAUGUCCAUGCAGUCACACUCCUCAGUUCUCUGCCAUUUAAGAGUUAAAUCACUUAGUUUAUACAGCCCUAAGCACACCUCUUUUGCAUGUGACCUAUACAGUCUCCCUUUACAUUUCCACCACUCACAAGGUGGUGAGGGCAUUACAUAGGAGGAGAAGGAGGCUAUAUAGACUAGUAAUGCAAUGCCCUCACCACCUUGUGAGUUCAUUUGUUUAGAGGGGGAUAUCUAGACUCCUAGACUCUAGGAUCAUAGCCCCUUUUUUUCCCACAAGGCUAAUCCACACUUAGUAUAAUUGAGACUGCAGAGAUGUUUUGCUACCUAGUUUGUCAGAUUUAUCAGUAGUGUCAAGAUACACUUUCACUGUGUGGCUUUGAUACUAUAUACAUUGUUAGUAUCCUCCUCUAAUAUGUAUGGAGAUCUCUAUUUGGACUAAGCAUAGCUUUUUCCAGAUCUCAGCCUGUUCUCUUAUAGCACUCUAUGGAGAGAAUUCUAUGCAGCUUUGUAAUGUCUAGAUGCUUUUUAUAUAUAUACACACACACUCUAUGAUCUCACUCUAGACAUUGACCAAAUUAUUGAAGUCUGAGCAAUAUUUUAAGCAGCGUAAUUGGUGGAUUAGCCAUUUGUCUUUUGUUACUUUUUUUUUCUUUUGACGUCACUUUUUGGUUAUAAUAUGGGGCUUGUUUGAUAAGCAUACAAUAAUUUGUAAAUAAUUAUAAUUAUAAUUUUUUAAGUGAUUAUUUCCAGCAGACACUCACCCGCAGGAAUUUCUUAUUCCAUAAGGCAGCGUGUCAUUUAUAUUUGUAAAAUCAAAUCCAACCUGUAUCCUGCAUCUUCUCCAUGUUUUCUGCCUAAAUUCAGAGUGUUGAAAUGAAAUACAACUUUCACCAUUGUAGACAUUUUAAAUCCUAAUGCAGAUUCAUCAGGCAAACACAGAAUUAUUCUCCAUUUAACCAUUCUAGUUUUGGAGGCUACACUUGGUUUUCCUUGAGACACCAUAGGAAUUUUAGUGCAUUUUUACAGAUGUCUGUAACAAGCAUUUGAAGCGUCUGUACAGAUUUUUGAUUUUGGAAUUGUUGAUUCGGUAUUGGGACAGUGCACAUUUUUGUAUUAUCUCCUCUUUGCUAGUAGACAGUCAUUUCUCUUGAGAUUGCCCAGGUUCUAAGCUAGCUCAGGAUACCAAUCUGGAGUGGCAGCAGAUUGGGGGUACCAGCUGAGAUCACAGGGCAAAAAGAAUGGUAGAAAAGGACAGAGUCGAAGAUCUAAGGAAAUAGACUGAUCUGGUAUGACGGAUGAGAGACUAGGCAGAGAGAGGGUAUUAGACAUACUGGCUGGGGGACACAUGGGUGAGGAUGGUACAGUGAUGUGAGAAGAGUCCAAAAGAGGGAACGGAAUAGAGAACAACUAGUGGAAGAGAUUAGUGAGGUUAGAUAUUGCGAGAAGUUAUGUAUUUUGUUCUUUUUUUAAAGGUCCUCUCAAGCCACCACAAACUAGAGCUGCUUGGUAAUGUGACUAGGUAGCCCACUAGUCAAUCUGUGUCAUUAGGAAGCCUGACUUGAAAUCUGUCGGAUGUCUGUCCAUAUCUGAGACCAUUCUCGCUAUACAGAAAGUGUCCCCUGCUGUCUGUCCACCGGUGCCUGUGUUUUAUUCUGUCUCUCUUUCUACAUGUCACAUAUAAGGUGCAUCAUUUAAUAUCAAGCCCUUCAUAAAGCAGUGUAUUUAUGCUCUUGGAAUAGAGAGAUUAUCGGAGAUAGAUAUGUUUUAUAUAUAGAUUGUUUUAUUUAUAUAUAUAUAUAUAUAUGUAUAUAUAUAUAUAAUGUCUAAAAGGAACUUUCAGUGACCCAGGGAAGUCACAGCUAAUGCAGAACUUAGUAUUUUGAGAGAAUUUCACCAAAGUAUUUUCAAGUAACAAUUUUUGUUUUAUUCGAGGAAGCUUGGGGACAGCCUUUUUGUUAUUCAUGUCACUUCCUGUGUUUUAACAUGUCGUGCACAGGGAGCUUCCCCAGCUUCCUGAAAAUCACCUGCAUAAUUAUGUUCUGUCUAGGGUCUGCAAGCUACAGAAACCUUUAUUCGCACAGAAGAGAUGCAUAAGUUUGGUUCCAUUUUUAACUCCAUUAUGAUCCCUCUGAGAUUUUUACGAUCACUCACUCCAGCCAGGAUUAAUAUUUUGACAGAUGAAGGUUUUAGUUGGCCAAUUUCACAAUUAGUAGCAUUCAGGAAACAUAUAGCUAUAUACACAAUAAAGAGGCAUUAUCUGACACUUCUUUCACCUCUAAGUUACAAGGAUGUUCCCUUCCUGUUGUGUUUUUAUUUUUUUGAUGAUGUGACCAUAUUGUUUAAGAAGGGAAACAGUCUAUUUGGAUGAAAUCUAUCUAUCAGAGGGAGAUUUACUAUGCUGAGAACUGGGUGGGAUGGGGAUGGUUUGUCUUGUUCAUGUGUAUGAGUUGUUUUGUCUUGUCUCUCCUACUGAUCUUUGUAUACUCUUCCAUUGGUUUUCCCUCUGAUUCUUUUUCCAAGGGAGGAUUCAGACCCAUCCAGGUAAAUGACACUGAACUCCUAAAAUGAGUAUAAUUGUGACAUCCUUUGUUAUAGUUUGACAUAAUAACUAUUUGGGGACAUGAUGUGUGUGUUUUUUUUUGUUGUUGUUGUGGGGCCAGUGAGGGAGGCAAGUUGUGUUCAGGCUGAGUAGAGCCAUUAUUGGCAACACCUUUCGAUUUAGGAGAUGGUGAGAAUGUGAAGUUGUUUUAACUCCUAGGAACAGGUUGGACAAUAUGGACCAAUGAAGCAGCUUUCUUGAUUUAUAAAUAGUUUUAAUGACUAAUGCUAAACAUGCUAUAUUUAUAUAAAAUGUGUUUUAUCAUCUGACUCUUUGUUACACCUGUUGGUUGUCACUUUAUUAAAACCUUGUGUUCACUGAGUACUGCAGAUAACUUACUCUCACUGCUUUUAAAUGAAACUGCAGUGAAGGGCAGUAAAUACCCUUAGAUAUACAUGCACAUAUAUUCUUAUAGUGUCUCUUCAGACACCACAGAGGUACCACAAGGAGCAUAAUACUUAAACAAGUUGCUCUGUCAUUUGGUGAAGACAUGGGCUCUAUAAAAGCCUGAGCUCGCUGAGACCAAAAGAUCCCCAUUAUUAGAGUAUACUGAUAACACCAUUGUUACUGUAGAGUAUACCAAUGGAUCCAUUAUCACUGGAGAGUAUACUUAUGGUUCCAAUAUUACUGUAGAGUAUACCGAUGGAUCCAUUAUUACUGGAGAGUAUACCGAUGGAUCCAUUAUUACUGGAGAGUAUACCGAUGGAUCCAUUAUUACUGGAGAGUAUACCGAUGGAUCCAUUAUUACUGGAGUGUAUACCGAUGGAUCCAUUAUUACUGGAGAGUAUACCGAUGGAUCCAUUAUUACUGGAGAGUAUACCGAUGGAUCCAUUAUUACUGGAGUGUAUACCGAUGGAUCCAUUAUUACUGGAGUGUAUACCGAUGGAUCCAUUAUUACUGGAGUGUAUACCGAUGGAUCCAUUAUUACUGGAGAGUAUACCGAUGGAUCCAUUAUUACUGGAGAGUAUACCGAUGGAUCCAUUAUUACUGGAGAGUAUACCGAUGGAUCCAUUAUUACUGGAGAGUAUACCGAUGGAUCCAUUAUUACUGGAGUGUAUACCGAUGGAUCCAUUAUUACUGGAAUGUAUACCGAUGGAUCCAUUAUUACUGGAAUGUAUACCGAUGGAUCCAUUAUUACUGGAGAGUAUACCGAUGGUCCCAUUAUUACUGGAGAGUAUACCGAUGGUCCCAUUAUUACUGGAGAGUAUACCGAUGGUCCCAUUAUUCCUGGAGAGUAUACUGAUGGUCCCAUUAUUCCUGGAGAGUAUACCGAUGGUCCCAUUAUUCCUGGAGAGUAUACCGAUGGUCCCAUUAUUCCUGGAGAGUAUACCGAUGGUCCCAUUAUUCCUGGGGAGUAUACCGAUGGUCCCAUUAUUCCUGGAGAGUAUACUGAUGGUCCCAUUAUUCUUGGAGAGUAUACUGAUGGUCCCAUUAUUCUUGGAGAGUAUACUGAUGGUCCCAUUAUUCCUGGAGAGUAUACUGAUGGUCCCAUUAUUACUGGAGAGUAUAGUAAUGGAUCAAUUAUCACUGGAGAGUAUGCUGAUGGUCCCAUUAUUCCUGGAAAGUAUACGGAUGUCCCUAUUAUUACUCUAGAGUAUAGUGCUCUCCACAUUAGUACUCAAGAGUAUAGUGCUGGCCCCAUUAGUACUGGAGAGUAUACUAAUGGUGCUGAAAGUCUCAAUUUUUUAGGAGAGUAUGUGGAUUUUAGUUUUAUACCUCAAAUAGGCUAACUAGGAAAUCACAAAGAAGUGUCUGCAUUCCCUGUACAUCCACAUAUUGUCUUAUAUUAUGUUCCACAAGAUUGGGGGCUAGUACAGACUAAAAGUGGGGUCUUGAUAGCCUGCUCUGCACUUUUUAAUGUAUUUGACUGGCUGUUUUUUCUGUUUUGUGUUCAGUUUUUCCAGAGGCCACAGAUACAGCCUCCACGCACAGCCAUUCAGAAUAACAACCCUUCCAUACGACCCGGUGCCCAGACUGCAACAGCGGUUUACCAAACCAACCAGCCCAUCAUGAUGGUCAACCAUCUUCCUAUGCCAUAUGCAAUGCCACAAGGGCCACAGUACUGUAUUCCUCAGGUAAUCUAUAUAUCAUGAUCUGAUAUUAGGUCUGUGACUGCAGUAUGAGUUUCUAAAAUAUCUCGAGUUUAAGAGGCUUGUUUAAACCAAGUCUGUCCAGACCAAGUUCUCCUGCCAGACUUAACUCUUUUGAUUUGUGCACAAAUAAGCAGUGUAAAAGCUGAGCGUGUCUCUGGACAUAACCCUGGGUUUAGACAGCCUUGCACAGUUUGGGAACUGGACUCUAUGGGGACACAGACCACUCACAUUAAUUAACCCCUUGAGGACUAUAUGGGUGAAGUAUGCCUUACUUUCCAAAGAGGUGCACACCUCUGUCUUGCGAUAAAGUGUAAAUUAAUCCUCGCAGGGUGUCUGGUUAUCAUUUUUUGCUCUUUUUCUCCUAGUAUCGACAUAGUGCUCCACCGUACGUGGGACCCCCUCAGCAGUAUCCAGUACAGCCGCCUGGCCCCAGUCCUUUCUAUCCGGGUCCUGGCCCUGGGGAGUUCACCAACCCCUAUGGUAAGGACAUCUCAUGGGCAGAGCUGUCUCCUCAUGAAAAGAAGCCCCUAGUUUGACAUAUUUAGUCUGGUGUAUUUGGUUCUCUAAGCAACUGCCCCUCCAUGGCUGCUCUGUGGAUGGGACGAUUGGCCUUAUGUGUUUGAGAUAUUCCAAACAUACUUAACCAUUUUAUUACUAAAUGUUCUUAUUAAUUAAAUCAUUUGCAUAUCAGAGGCCAUUAAACUAGUACUAUAAUUUUUACAUUUUAUAUAACAUUAUUUCAAAUGAGUAUGUCAGUUAAAUUAAUGUAAUUAAUAAAGGAUCACUGAGACCUUUUUGUCAAUACACAUUUGUAAAGUGCCAUUGUUUAGAAAUCAGAAAUGUACCAUGUAGUGUUGCCAUCUUGUGUGAUGUCAUAACAUGUGCGCCAUAUUAGUACUUCAGUGCGUAUAUGCUACUCUCUGCUGAUCUCUGCAGAAUAAUCAGAGGCAUAAUCUGCAUAUACUAUUUGAAUGUUAACAUACUUACACUUGUUGGCUCGCUAUUAUUUUUUGGAAUAUUUUAGAAGAUAGUGUGUGUUUCCAUAGUAAACUGUUUGUUUCUCCUGGAGAGCGCUUGGCGAUUUUACUGCUCUUUCAGACACUAGUUUUCACUUAUGCCUGAUUUACUAGAUCUCCUGUCUCCAUUUGGGACCAGUGACAGCAGAAUGGCUCUCCUGACUCGUGUGAGAGGGGGAGGUGAAAAUAGUAUGUACCCUGGAAAACACAAACACUCUUUGCCAAACAUUUCCUGGCUUCCUUCAUGGGACACUCCAGGCUUCGAAAGCAGAUGUUGAGUGAUGCAAAAUGUUUGGAUUUUUGAAUGCAUUGUGUGUGCUUUGUCUCUGUAAUGCAAUAAAAUGAAUCACCGGAUGGGGACUGAUGUUAGGGAGGGCAGGCUGAGGGGAGGGUCAUAGGUGGCACAGGGAGUUGGUGAAUGUCGCCAUUUGCUUCUAGCGCUAACAUGCUGUGCGUCAUGGUGUCAAGCGCCCCAAUUACACAGAAUUUACGCUAGUCAGCCUUUAACUCUUGUUCUGGGCUGGCUAAUGACACAGCAGCAGCUGGCGUUACACCCCAGGCAGCGGAGAAGUUAAACUCUGUAUGUUCCGCAUCUCAUAGCAAAAUGCUGCACAUACAGACAUACAGGCAUUUUGCUUGGAGUAACCCUUUAAAUAACCAGAGGAAAGACUAACUGUUAAAAUAAAUUUAUAGUGCAGCCUGUAUUGUGGGUUUUUUUUUUAUUACUCUUUUAGUUACAAUUGUGUUACAGUACAAAUGUAUCAGUGGAUAUUAUUUAAAAGAAAUGUUUGUCAUUAGAAAAUGUACACAAUGCUUACAUUUCCAAAUUUAAAAUACUGCUGCUAUGCAGCAAGUUAAUCCAUGUAUUCAUCAGAGCAGAGAGAAGCCCUGGCUUGCAGGGAGCAGGCUGGUCCUUUUCACUUCUUUUUCUGUAUCGGCUGGACUGGCUGUUUGUGCUGAGCCAGCACAGCUAGGAUAAUCUGCAGUGCAGGCUCCCUCUGCUACCAUCAGAACUGCUGAAACUUACCUGCAAGCCCGGAAAAAAGCCCCCUGAGUGUCAUUCACCAAACACAAAUAAAUAGCUCGAAUUAACCCAAAAUCACUUUACCUGCACAGAAGGUGUGGGCAGUCCUGAUUUGCUUCCAGUGACUCUUUAGCAUGUGUAGUCCGUUUAUAUUCCUCCGUUUUUAAUCAUAUCAAUCCUUAAAUUGCUGUAGGAGCAUGGGAAUACAAUAGUAAGGGGAUUCACCACUAGCGGUAUUCUCUUCUGAUGGGAUUGGCCAACAUUAAUAUUUGGGUAGUGUUUGUUAUAGCAGUGGUCUAUGUAGCAUAUUGGUGUGAUGGGGCCAAUCGUUUAGGGUGAUGGGAUAACCUGGUGUAUAUCAUUUUUGCACUGCUAAAUUAAACAUAUCCGUUAUCCUACUGAAAUUUUAGAUGAGCGGGUCACUGAUGACUAGGCUCAGCCAUAUUUUAGUGUGAAUAGAAUGCAGCUUUUUAAUAAACCUGACUUUCCUUUUCAGGCACGCCAUUCUACCCAAGCCAGCCCGUGUACCAGUCCGCACCAAUCAUAGUGCCUACACAGCAGCAGCAACAGCCACCUCCUCCGGCCAAGAGAGAGAAGAAGACGGUAAAGCAUUUUAAAUUCUAGAUUUAAAGCUUUGACUUGCUCAGUCAAUGCCAUUCUUUAUAGAGAGACGUACCCAUAAAAUAAUGUGAGCAAUCAGGGUGGAGGCAGCAUAUUACGAGUGGAUCAGACUGCUUUAUAAAUUGCAGUAAAGAAUGCUUAAAUAUUAUGUCUACCUGUGAGUUCAUCACACUGUGUCCCUCUGCACUUCCAGAUCCGAAUAAGAGACCCCAAUCAGGGCGGCAAAGACAUAACAGAGGAAAUAAUGUCUGGGGGUAGCCGGAACCCCACACCUCCCAUUCUCCGACCCAGCUCUACACCAACACCACCUCAGGUAAGUCACACCCUCCCCACAGCUCAUCUUACCGUGAACUGUAUCUGUAAUAUUCUCUUACCACGAAAACUUCCUCUGCAUGGCAGCUUGCUCACUGUAUCCUGCCAGUGAUCUCUGACCAUACGGUUAUCCUUUAAAUGUGUAAUACUGGUCACUUAGUGCCUGUCACAAUUCUUUUACUUCAAGAUAGCAUAUUCACUUUAUUUCUUACUUGGUAAACUCUGUUUAUGUGUUUAACGGUUUUACAGCAGGGAAUUUGCAGUAUGCAACUUACUUAGUAUCUCUUAAAUGUAAUUCUUGUAUUUGUAGAUAGAUCAUAUAGUGUGUGUGUCACAGCUGAGAAUUCAUGUUUUUUAUGAUUAUCCCAAGGACUAGUACCUGUUUAUCGUCCUCCACUCCCGUUUUAUGGCAACUUAAAUCACUUCUUAUUUCUUUGCUGAUUCGGUGUGUUUCUUCCGAGUUUAGGUCUGUGUUGUAUUUCGGUUUCAGUGUAUUAGAUGUGACUUGUUCCCAGCUAGUACACUUUGGGAGUUUUGAGUGUUAUAUCCCUUGGAAUUCUGGGUAUUUUCUUUCAUCAAAGUUUUGUUUUCCUUUAUUUCAGACCUACUGUUAGCAAACCAUUUUGCCAGCUAGAAAUAAACGCAUAUAUUCCAUGAAACGCCGCAUGCAUUAAUCCCCAGUUUGUAUUUUAUUUGAACCUCUGAAGGAGGGAGAGUUUGAGGGAUAUUGUCUUAUUAUGGGUUUUAAUGUCUGCUUUUUUCCUUUUCCUGUCUUCUUUUAUUUAUUUAUUUAUUUAUUUUUUCCCUUUCGCCUUUUUCCCACCUCAAAUUUUUAAAAUUGACCAAUAUCUUUAAUUUGCUUUGAUUUAUGCUUCACUUCCCCCUCCCAAUAUUCCAACAUUGCCUUCCCUCUCUCUUGCUUUUCCAAUGCUGCCUUUUUCCUGCAUUUUGUUGCCCUUUUUUUGCCAGUUUUUCUGUUCGCGCGCUCAUUAUCACCCUCUUUUGUACUUCAAAUCCCAGCAGCUGCCUAGCCAGGCUCCUGAGCACAGCACAGGGGUGUUUGGGACAAUGGAAAGCCCACAUCUUACUGCCAGCAUUCCCGCCAUUGCUGCCAUUCAUCCCAAAUCAGGUCAGUACCCCUCACCAUCGUAUUAGACAUUCAUUAUGUUCUUUGCUAAAUAUCACAAUUUGAAUGUUUUGGAACCAGAACCAGGGAUAUCUUUAACUGGUUAAGCAUGGUGGUUGAUUUGAAUAUUCUCCAUAUGAUUCUGGUUUUCACAAUACUGGGGUGUCCUGCUUUGUUGUGGAAUGGUAUCCUAGUUACAAAUGAAUAGGCAGGCAAGCAUGAACUGGAAGUCUGGUUUGCUGAGCCAUGCUGUCCACAGUGUCACUCAGAGGCACAGACAAUGUUUUAAAUUAUGAUCUUAUGACGUUUUGUGGCAGACUAGGGGCCUGUGUUGCCAGCGAAGUUGCAUAGGCUUUUCAGAGUGAACCGCAUUUCCAUUGUUAGAGCUGCGCUUUGGGAGGUGGGGUGGAAGCCGAAGUUAAAAAAUAAAAUAAAUAAAAAUCUGAAAGUAGUGCAGUCAGCUCCCUAGCCCAGCCUGCCACCACGAAAGGCAUCCUCUCUGCUCCCUGAUGAGCUGCCGCGCAGGGGCCCUCUCUGCUCCCUGAUGAGCUGCCGCGCAGGGGCCCUCUCUGCUCCCUGAUGAGCUGCCGCGCAGGGGCCCUCUCUGCUUCCUGAUAUCCUGCUGCCUUCCAUGUAUUUACCUAUUGCCACAUAAACCUUUCACCUGUCCUUCAUUGACCAUUGCUGCCUGACUCCGUGUUCCCUGAGCAUUCUAGUAUCAAUGAGUACUAAAUGAGAGAAAUAUUUAUAGUCCUUGCCAAUCUGUUCCAGUGACAUUUACAGGUCAGACUUUUAGUACCAUUUUCUGUCCAUUUCUACCUCUCUUCUUUAGGUGAAAACUCAAAGCUACAUUUAGAAUGUCUCUAUUGCUGUUGUGCCCAUAGCAUCUGAUUUCAUUUCGUUUUCUAAACUUUUAGAGGAGAAGCCAAAACAAGAUCUUGUGUUAAAAUCAUCUCCUCCUCCUUGCCUACAAGCAGAAUCUAGCGCAAUGGAGAAAAGUAUUGACUCUGAUACAGUCCCUUUGGACACUAGCCCUGAACGCCCACAGACAACUAGUCUAUUGCCGCUUGUAGCAACAACUCCACUUGCCGUACCCACCGUUCCGGCCUUUACCUGCCACCUGGAGGACACUAGCGAGGGUGAUGAGUCUCCUCCAGCUACUGAAAUCCUCCCAGAGGAAGCAGCAGCAGAUGAGAUGGAGGAUGAGCUAUGCAAGGAUCCUCUUGGGCUUCCGAUACCCACGGAGGUCCUAGUGAUUGCUCAGGAAAUAAAUGGAAUAAACUAUGAAAAAACCACCUUAGACAAUACACCUGGGGAAAAAGUACUGUUGGGUGACGUGGUCGUGCCAGAAGUGCCAGAGUUGGUGCCAUCCUCACCCUCAGACACAGACGUUGAAUGCACUUCCUCUUCAAAUGUGCCUCUUUCAUCCCAAGCUUUGUCAGUGUCCUCACAGCCCGAGUCUCCUCCACCUCCUCUUAUAGCUCCUGCUGCUCUCUGUACCACUAAAUACUCUCCACCUGCAACAAUUCUUCCACCUCCCAGUCAGGGACAUCUGGAGGAACAGGAGGAGGUAAGAACUUCCAUUGUAGAUGGUGCAGGUGACUUAACGAACAAAGGAAGAUUGGAAGCAGAGUCUGAACUGGAGCACAAUGUCCAACUUCUAACUGUCACCUCAAGGAAAAGUCCUGUGGAAGGUAGGUGAACGCUGUGUCCACUGCCGUUAACAAGUCUCAAGGUUGCAGUCAUUAGAAAUGUUCGCGGCUUCAAAAGAAGCCGCUAAUGUAAGCACAUGUAGCAGGACUUGUUUGCCAAUCUCUUUUCAGGUUCCCAUGUGUUGCUGGUAGUGAUUUAUUAUAUCGUCAUGGGAGCGGUUACGCAUUUCAGUUUAUUUACUAUCCAGUAAAUUGCAAUACAUUUUAAAAUUGAAAAAUGUGGUCAAAAAAUUGGCAAAACGGGGUGAUUAGAGAAUUUUUCCAAUGUAGCUAUUUCAGUUUUACAGGUGUUUUCAGUUCAUCAAUAGACACUGUUUAGUGAAUAAACACUUCUGUGUUUUUAAUUAUGCAUAGUUACUGUUGAAGUGUUGGAAAUAAUUGUAUUUGUUUUGGGACAUAAUUAUUUAAGCUCUAUGUUUACGCCAUUCAUUUGUUAUGGUGUCACCCCUGACAUGUCUUUUGUCCUUAAUUGGGAUAUGACAAAAACUAGUGAUUUUCUGUAGUGUUCACACCAAUAAUGGUUAAAAGAGUGUGAACAAUAAUGUUCACAAAGUGAUUAAACUCCUAAAAGUCAGAGAAUUUAGCAGUGAGACUGCAGGGGCAUGAUCUAUACACCAAAACUGCUUCAGAUUGGUUUGGUUCUUAGUGUCCCUUUAAAUUUGGCACUGCAGAUGCCUGUGAAUGAUACUGUUCCGCUAACCUUGUAGACGUCCAUGAUUUGCGCUGUUCAGCUUUAGCCUCCAUGUCCACUAGAACAUCCAAUCCCCUUUACUACUCCCUGUAGGUUCAUACCCACCUGUACACCUGUCCUGUUCACCUGCCCAAAUUAUGCUUCCAAUGGCUCUGUCGUAUUUCAUGUACAUUUGUGUAUUUAAUAAAUUUGUACAGGCAAAUAUGCUAUUGUGCUGCAUAGAUUCUUUGAUCACUCAUUUUGGAGUACAUUUGGCAGAGUACAGUUUAAAUAGGGAGCACCGUGUCCAUGUCCCAUCUUCUGAUCGCAGAUUAGUUCCAUCAUUGAGGUUGACUCACACCAUGAAAUUACCAUGUAAUUGUGUGUUGAAUGAAGGAUGGCAAUAAUGUGCUGCUUGUUAUUUAUUUAUUUUAUUUUUUUUGAGGCCCAACACUUGAAUACUAAUUUAAACCCUUUUCUUUCAACCCUGUGUAAGCAGGAGGUCAUUUUGUUUUGGUUUUUAUUGUACAGCAACGCAAAGCAAAUCUUAUACCUCACAGACACCUUUGGUCACCGUAUUCUAGAAGUCUGAGUUGGGGUGCGCCCCCUAAAGGCCCUCUGUGAUGGCUACAAUGUGAGCCUGCAAUGUCUUGUUUAAUAUAGAUGCUUGGUGAUAGCCAGGUAACUACUCCACACACAGUAUUUAUUUCUACGUUCUGCUUACAUUGCAUCUAGUUGGAUUCACUGAAAGCCCUUGUUCCUGACAAGUACCCAUAAGUUGGCUAUUUGGCGGUUUAAUUUUAUAAUUUCUUUUUUGUCACACCUACUGUAAUGUGUUAUUUCUGCUUCUGUGGAAAUAUUGAAGACCUUUAAUGAAAAACUGCUACAUGAGUGCUGCUGUAUAGUCUAAAACCAUGUACAUACUAUUUUACUAAAAGAUUGACACACUUUAAAAUAUUUUUUUGUUCCAGUAGAGUAUUCUGUGUACCUGAAAAUGUAAUUUCUUCCUAAAUUGACAUGGUUGUAUUGUAUAUCCUUGGGGACAGCCUCAAUCCGUGUCCUCCUCCUAAUUUCAGCUUGUCCAAAAUAGUUCAGCACUUCCAUUUUGUAGCCAGGUUAGUAGGUAAUGCGUCCCACUGAUAGCUGCUAUUCGGGAGUUUUAGAUGUGUACAUACAGAUUUAGAUUUAUUCACUAAUCUGAGAAUUGCUAAUGUGAGGCUAAAAUAUAUUUAUAGGUUUAGAGAGCUGGCUUGAGAGCAAGGUAUGACUGCCUUAUGAGUAACACAUUGCAUUUUUGUAGUCCACACAGUGGCAACUGCACCAAAGUUGUGGCAGAAACCAAAAGAUGGCAGCCCAGACAUCGAGGCAAUGUCGCAGCCAGAGGAAGAGGCAAGUACGAGCUGUGAGGCAUACCCCCUUCGAGGGACACCUCUUCUACAGUCAUAUCAUGGUCAUGUUUUUGACAGAGCUUCCCUGUAACUUCUACGUUAGUUAAAUGACCGUAUGAUCAUAUUGUAUGCUCUGUUAUUAUGUGAGCUAUCAGAGCAGCCUCCUAGCGAUAGGAGGAUUGUUAGUUACACAUGUCUUCUGUUAGCAUAGCGUUUGUUUAACAGACCAAUACUUAUUGCCAGCUCUGUGAUUUGUGCUGCAGCCUCAAGACGAGGACACUGAGGAAGAGAAACCUUUGGAAGUGGAGCAGGACCAGAUCACGGGUAACGGUGCAGCCACAGAAUGCCCCUUUAUUACCAGUACCAAACCACUAGAGGAAAAUGGAGAGGCAGAGCCUGUGCGAAAUGGAACCGAUGCCGGUUUGGCGUGCGAAGAUGUAGAUGUUCCACCAGUAGCAGAGGACGGUGUGGUAUUCCCAUAUAAAUCAGGUAGUGUUUCACUUGGUAUACUGCGUUUAGGGACUUUUGAGGUGUUGCAGCCAGUCAGGCUAACAGCCUGGUAUGGUAAAAACACACGGUAUUGUAAUCUGCCUUAUUACCUUACUCUGGGAGGACUAGAUCACGUAGAAUAGUUUCCUAAUUGUCAGUUAUUUUGCCUGUUCUUAGUGGCUCUCACUCAACACCAGUUUAUUCAGUUAGGUUUCUUUUUUUAUAAAAAAAAAAUUAUUACGGCCUAUUUCAACAUUUAUAUCCAAGUCCACCUUUUUACUUACUGAAAAAAUAUAGCAUUUGUUAAUGUUAAUCUGCCAUUUACAUUGUUACUAGCAUAACUCCCCUUCCCCUAUAUAAAGCAGUUUUAUUAGAUGUAGAAAGUAACAGGAGUAUUGCAGGAUUCAUUGUAAUAUGUCUGUUAGUAAUACGUAUAUCUCAUAAGUAUAAUGAGUGUAAGGAAUAAGAGGGAGGGUUCAAGGAAUAAAGGGGGUGGAACUUGGAAUGUCAUAGGGGGCUCAAGAAUAGAGUGAAAAUGUAAAACUCCUCAAAGCUUAUUCAGGUUAAUUAAGUCAUGGCUGGCAAUGAUGUCUUGCUAGUUGAAGUUUGGCCCAAUAGUGUUGCAACAGACUCGCCCCAUGAGAAGUCCACCUUCAAGCCAAUUAAAUUCUUUGUCAUCGUAAUAGCCCGAACACCUGUUGGUAUUGAAGGGGAAUUUGAAAUCUGUCAAUUUCAUUACUGCCCUUCUGCGUAAGGGAUAUAUGUGUACUUAUUGGUCCUAACUUUCCUUUGUGUAGGAGGAGGGCCAACAGAAAAGCCUGCAGAAAGUGUCAUGGAUCCUUCCCCGUUGCCAGCUCCCAGCGAGCAGCCCGAGGGGAAGAGACAGUAUGACAGAGACUUCCUGCUGGGGUUCCAGUACAUGCCAGCCUGCAUCUUGAAACCAGAAGGCUUGCCACCCAUCAGCGACGUGGUCCUGGACAAAGUGAGAAGAGAGGGAGGUGUCUUGGUGUGAUCUUGUGUGGGAUGAGGCUGGAUUAACCCUAAUGUAAACAUAGCAGUUUCUCUGAAACUGCUAUGUUUACAGCUGCAGGGUUAACCCUAGAUGGACCUGUCACCCAGACCACCACUAUAGGCUGAAGUUGUCUGGGUGCCCAUAGUGGUCCUUUAAUGUCACAUUUCUGAACAGUUUAAAAAGGAAGACUUUUUUUGCAAAUUUAAUUUUUAUUGCUGCUUAGAAAAAUUACCAAUAGACAAUUGUCCAGUUUUAGCAAUAUUUACCUUGCUGAAGUGCUCUGUGUGAAGUUGCUGAUCCUGAUGCUCAUUCAUUGGCUGAACGUGUCAGUUGGGCACUUAUCUAAUGAAUGAGUGACUUUGCAGAGAAAUAUGCACAUAAUUGAUAUUAGUCAACCUAGAACCCUUGUUCCGGGCUGGCUAAUGACGCUGCUGGCAGUGGCCUUAUACUUCCAGCUGCUAUUCUAAAUAUUUCUGUAUGUGCAGUGUUUCGUAUUGAAAUGCUGCACAUAGAGACUCCAGACACCGUGACUCCUUCAAAACACUGAAGUGGCCAUGGGGCUUGCAGUAACCUUUUAAGUUACAGUGUAAGGGGGUGUGGUGCAAUGCAACAUUCUGAACAUCAUUGGAUUAGCAAAACGUCUUGGGAUGAUGUAAAAAGUGUAGAGAAUAUUGGUAGAGUUAAUGUUAUUUCAAUUAAUGUAGAGUUAAUUUGUUCAGUUUAGAGAAGUUGGCUUUUACAUGAGCUUUUUUGUUGACUUUACAUUGUUUUACAGUGUUUACAUUUUGAUCUUCUUGUUUGUUGAUUCUCCAUUCUAUAUUACCUGAGGCAUGUUUAUCAGGGUAGACUUUCCCAUCAAAUUGUAAACGUUUCAAGACCUUAAAACAAAGUAUUAUUUUACAUACAGAUCAAUCAGCCAAAAAUACCCCUAAGGACCUUGGACACACGAAUGUUGCCGAGGGGCCCUGACUUCACCCCUGCCUAUGCGGAUUUUGGAAGGCCAGCUCCAGGAGGCCGUGGUGGUGUUCCUGUAAGUAUGGAAUGGUUAGUAAUCAACAAAUAACUGUGUGCUCACAUCUGGAGGAGAUUUCUCAACCUGACUGUCUCUGUUCUCUUUCCUUAUGAACCCCUCCCUUUCUUGUCCCUGCAGUUACUGAAUGUGGGUCCUAGACGUUCACAGCCAGGCCAAAGGGGGGGACCUAGGAAGAUUAUCAUGAACAUUUCUGUAACAGAUGACGUCCACUUGAAGAAAUCAGAAAAUGCAUGGAAACCCAGUGUGAAGAGGGAUGGUAUGGCUGAAGACCCAGAAAACAUCAGGACGCAGGCAUGUGUUUUAUGGGCAUUUCAAUUUCAAAUUAUUUGAAUAUUAAUAAUAUUGAUAAUCUGUGCACAGAAUGUGUUUUAAAAAUCAUUGCCAUCUUAAUGGAUUCUGAAUUAAUACUUCUUGAACUGGACACAAUUGAUCUCUUCCCUUCUUUCACCAGGCUCUCUUCCGUAAGGUCCGAAGCAUCCUCAACAAGCUGACGCCUCAAAUGUUCCACCAGUUAAUGAAACAAGUGACAGAUCUGACUGUGGACACAGAGGAACGGCUCAAGGGUGUCAUUGAUCUUGUUUUCGAGAAAGCAAUUGAUGAACCAAGCUUCUCGGUGGCGUAUGCCAACAUGUGCAGAUGCCUUGCUACAGUAAGGACGAAAGGGGAUGUCUAUUUAAAUGGGUUUCGUUAACUAUGGAGUUUUAAGGUGAUGAAUUUUAUUCCAGUGCUCCAAGUACUAUCUAAUAUAUAGAAAGGAUGGUUGGGUAAUGUGCAUUCUGUUUACUAAAGGUCCAACCUGGUUGCAGAGUCUCCCCCGCCUCCCCCCAUCCUAAACAUAAAUUCCUUCUUCCCCUUUCAAUAACCCAUAGUACAUUUUAUACUUUUGUCAAAAAGCAUGCAGAAUUAACAGGAUUUACAGUUUCUUGGGCACAUCUUUUAUAUAUUUAGCCUUCAAAAUCAUUUCUGUACAUUUUUUUUAAAUUUGUUGUAUUAUUUAUUUAAGUUCUAUGGUAGAAUUGCUUCCUACUUGGUCUUGCAGAGGAUGUUUUGUAGCAGCAGGUUUUUUUUUUUGGCAACUUACAGUGAUUUUACCUGAUUAUUACUACUCUGUUCACAGCUUAAAGUGCCGAUGGCAGACAAGCCUGGAAGCUCGGUGAAUUUCCGAAAGAUUCUGCUGAACCGUUGUCAGAAAGAAUUUGAGAAGGAUAAAGCAGACGACGAUGUUUUUGAGAAAAAGCAAAAAGAGCUUGAAUUGGCUAAAACGGUAAAGAGAGGCAAUGCAUGAGGAGCUGUCAACUGUCUACUUCAUUAUAAAUAAAGCUAAUAUCUAUAUAUUUUAUUUUUGUUUUCCUACUUUUGGAGGGAAUACAUGCCUGUUAGUUGUCACUAUCCAGUAAUACAAACUCGACGCUGCUAUUGAUGUCAUGAUCUUAUUGAGCAAACAUAUAAUUUGGGAUGCCUUCUCUAGUAGUACUUCAGCUUUCUAACAUUUCUGUCUUGUCCACAGCCAGAGGAGAAGACUAAGCUUCAGGAUGAGUUAGAGGAAGCCAAGGACAAAGCUCGCCGAAGAUCGAUCGGGAACAUAAAGUUCAUUGGGGAACUCUUCAAGCUGAAGAUGUUGACAGAAGCCAUCAUGCACGAUUGUGUUGUGAAAUUACUCAAAAAUCAUGAUGAAGAAUCUCUGGAGUGCCUUUGCCGGCUGCUCACCACCAUUGGCAAGGAUCUGGAUUUUGAGAAGGCCAAGGUGAGUGUUUAAAAACAGCUUGUUAUGUAUUUAUAGAAUGCAUGCAAGUAUCGAUGGUGAGCUUCAUAAGUCGGUGUGUUUUACAGCCACGCAUGGAUCAGUACUUUCACCAGAUGGAGAAGAUUGUGAAAGAAAGAAAGACUUCUUCCAGAAUCCGUUUUAUGCUGCAGGAUGUAAUCGACCUUCGAUUGGUAUGUUCCCUAUACUAAUUAUAAACAAAAAGCUAGAUAAAAAGAAUGAUUAUAGGUUGCCAAAAACAGCAGGGGUGUAAUCCCUGUGAUGAAUGUAGAAACAGAGACAAAAGGAGUAAAAUGGAAAAUAAUGACCUGGGACAUCAUAAUAGGGAUUAAAGUCACAAAUCAUCUACUUGAUUAAAUGAUUAGAGAUAUCAGUAAUGUAAUACAUGCAUAACCGAUACAUAUACAGAGUCUAAACUGUACUGGACAAAUACCUGAUAACACCCCGGCUUUACAACUGCAGAAAGGAGAAAUAUACCAUCCAAAUUGGAAAUGAAUGCAAAGAUGGUUAUAGGUAGAAAUAAAAUAAAAUCCAGACGCUAAUGCUGGCUAUAGUAAAGUGCAUUGAGAAUAGACAUGGGUAAAUACCUACAAGGGUGCUGAUUAGGGCAUCAAUCCAGAGGGGAAUGCUGCAAGUUAAUAAACUGAAUGAUCCUUCAUUUGUACGUAAAAUUGUGAAACUGACAUUUGGGAAUGGUGAUUUCGAUAAGAGCCGUUUUGUUUUGACGAGUGAUUUGCAGUGUAUUCUAUGUGAUUCACAGUGCAACUGGGUGUCACGAAGAGCAGACCAGGGGCCCAAAACCAUCGAGCAAAUUCACAAAGAGGCCAAGAUCGAAGAACAGGAGGAGCAGAGGAAAGUCCAACAGCUAAUGACCAAAGAUAAACGGAGACCAGGUGAGAACCGCCUCUCCAAUUACCAUCUCCCAACCACGUAAUUGCAGCCUGAGACAUAUCCAGUAAGGAGGCUGCUGUGUUCACAGGCUAUGCUUGUCCCCAGCAGGGGUUCAAAGAGUAGACGAAGGAGGAUGGAAUACAGUUCAGGGAGCAAAGAAUAAUCGUGUCAUAGACCCUUCCAAGUUCUUAAAAAUCACAAAGGUAAGUUUAAAGGCUGGAACUGACCCGUUAUUUGUAAUGUGUUGUAUAGACCAUCACGGUAUUAUAAAGUUACUCACAUGGUUUCCCGGGCUUUACAUACACUGCAAAAACUGUGACAGAAAAUGUAUUUGUUUUUUGUGAGUCUUUUCAGAGUGCUAAAUGUAUCCCACAAAUUCCUUCACAGCAAGGCUCUUUUGGAAUGGCAGGUGUUUCUGGAAGUUGUAGUUCACUUAUCAGUUUCUUAUAUUUUGUUACAAAAGGUGCUGUUUGGACUCCAGCUCCCUGAAUGCUUUGCUGUGCUUGCAAUGAUAUGUGCCUCUGUUUUAUUGGGCAUUGCAGAUAAGGCGGAAGGGAGGCACGGGAACUGCACAAUAGCCAGCAAGCAAAAAGUAACAAAGGAGACUGUGUUAAAGGACAACUGUCACCUCAACACAAUUUUUUAAUAUAAUCUUAUAGACCGUGUUGAAAAAUAUAUAGAAGUAUAUGAAAAAAAGAGACCUUUUAGUAUACGAGUGGAUCCUUCAGUCAUAUACAUGGAUCGGACAGCAGUGUCUAUGGUCUGUGCUUUUGUGCAGAGAGUAAAGCAGGGAAGAUCAUGUUGUCAGAAUUCAAACACUGUCUGACCCAAGGUGCCUGUGUAAGGCUGCAGGAUCCUGUCAAAUACUAAAGCCAAGUAUUGAGUGUUCUCACACCACAACAGAAGCGACAUUAUCAUCAUCAUCAUUCGCAUUUAUAUAGCACCUACAUAUUCCACAGUGAUUUACUGUUAUAGAAAUGGGAAGUUUAAAAAUAAAGAAGACCUUGCUCAAAUGAGCUUACAAUCUGAGAUGAUUUGAGGUUGGGAGAUAUUUAUUGUUGGGUAUUUUGCCCAGGGACACUUACUGGUAAGGUGGUCUCACCGGGAUUUGAGAAAGAGAGAUCUUGUAUUCUGUGGCUGUACUUGAUGGUCGCAUACUCACAUUCCAUGAGAAAUUUAUCCACGGGGAAUAAGAAAUGCAAUUUAGUUUUUGGCUGCUUUUGGCACCAGAUUGUGUGAUAUUUCACAGGAAGCUGCAGGACAAAUGAUCUGCAAAUUUGUUGCCAUAUUGUGUUUUUCCAGUUGCCAAAUGAAAUUUAGAAUUUUAAAUAAAAUGUGGAACCUGGAGUGCUUUCUGCUUAAAACGGGCAGCCUCACCAUAACCCCCACAGUCUAAAGUUUGUCCUGCCAUUGCUUGGGUGAGAUAUUUUGCACAUACCAUCUAUAUUGCUUCAUAGCUUGCUAGUUCAGGGUCAGGAUAGAUAUUUACGACGGACGUUCUUUGUAGCCACUAACCGAAAUAUACAUUUUUGCAGCUAGCCAGUAAAUUGUUCCUGAAAUAGGAAGCAUACUAACUGUAAGUGCCUGGCUGUGGGUGAGAAUGCAUGCUGGGUCCGCCUUUUAGGUUGGCUCAGUGCUUGUAUGUAAUUGUACCAUGUCUUCUCCUUCAAGCCCACAAUAGACGAGAAGAUUCAGUUGGUGCCAAAGGCUCAGCCUGGUAGCUGGGGGAAGGGAAGCAGCGGAGGUGCAAAAGCCAGCGACACAGGUAAGAAAAUAAGUGUUUACUAUGUCAUCAGCAAACUAUAACCACUAACCUUUCAGAAUCUAUGCUUUCUCUGUUUAUAGUGGUCCUCGGUGUAAGAUUGCUAAGGGCACAAUUCGGCCUGCAGGUGUUUGUGUAGCUGUAUUCAUGAAAAACCAGAAAUGUAUCAUUUCAGCAUUAGCCAGUUAGGCAUAGCUGGUGUAAAGGUGUUUUCCUAGAAAACAGAGUCCCUAGGUGGGUUUUUUAAGUCUUGCACAUUCCAUACAAGUCCUUGUGCGGUCACUGAGGAAUAUAGCUUCCCUCUUUGACAUCACAGAGUGAGGGCGAUAGCUGUAGCCAAAUUGCUUCAUCUAUCAUACAUUGGCUGAUGGGAACCAAGGACCCUUGCACCAUAGUCAUUCCAUAUACAUUGGUGGUUAUGUAACACUUUAACCUGUCUUCCCAUGCUGGCAUGGUGAUAGACUGUAACAUUUUAUUUACUUUGGCCAUUAUAUUUAAAUACUCUGCCUCUGUACUUAACCCCUUAAGGACACAUGACAUGUGUGACAUGUCAUGAUUCCCUUUUAUUCCAGAAGUUUGGUCCUUAAGGGGUUAAAGCAUCAUAGACAUAAUGUUAAGAACCUGUUUGUUUUAUUUGUCUCUGGUAGAAUCAUUGAGACCGGGUGCCCCAGGACUAAACAGAUUCUCUGCCCUUCAGCAAUCUCCAUCUCCAACCUCAUCUCCUACAAGUGCUGAACAAGAUCCGCGCAGGAUUCUUGCAAGGUAAUACACUGUAACACAAUGCAAAAUCUUACAGCUGGGAUUUUUUCAAACAGGAGAGGUUAUCCAUAUCCUUCACCCUUAGCAGAAUUUGUAAUAAUGUUUCUUGAUGUGUUUAGUAGUGUCCCUUAAGGUUCUGAUAAUGUUCUUGAACCCAGUAGCAGAGCUGGAUUCCCAUGUCUGGUGCCUGUGGGUACAAAAUUCUAAAGCACCACCUGCUCCCCAAGCCAAAAACGCAAAUAAAUUAUAAUGAAUUUAUUAACGCUGUAUUGCAGGCCUAAAAACACAUUUUAAAACCUAUAUUAGAAUUUGGCAACUGCAUAUGUAUAAAUGUUUGUGUGUGUUUCUACUGGUAAUGUAUUGUUUGAAUCUGUGAGUAUAGUGCGUAUAUGCAGCUUUGCAAAUGCAUGCAGGGUUAAAGAUAAUGUUAGAAGUGGUUAUGGUAAAGAGGACUAACAUCAGAACUAGCUUACAUAGGGUGUUAAGUGUUGAAAUUAAAUUUGGGACUAAUAUGAGUUUCUUUAAGUUUGGGGAGGGGUUAAAUUUAGGAUUAGGGCAAGGGUUGUUUAGAGCAUGUGGAGGGCAUGUGGAAUGUGAAGUGUUAUUUAUAAAGUACUUGCCCUUCUAUGUCUUUUGUAGACCUUUCAGUCUCCUAAGAUUGUUAUUAGAGCUGCAUGAAUGGUUAUACAGUGUGCAUCACUCAGUGCUGAUCCUGCUCUGCCUGUAAGGCAUUUCCUGUGGCAGAUAAGAUAUGAUCUCUUCGGCUUUCAGACCAGCCUCACACACAGACACUAGAGGAGCUGGGACAGGACGGAUUUUUACACCCUAUAUAGCUGUUUCUGCAGUUCUAUUAAAUGACUGGACUACAUCAGACUCUGGUCUUAUCUCUGUUUCGUAACCUAUUUAAAGCUUCAAAAAGUCUUAUAAGUGCUAAAACAGGGGCUGCCUAAUGAGAAACACAGCACUGCCCAGUAAUGUCCCUUAAGGUAGUGUUCUUUUUAUCUUAGUAGAGUCUGUUACAAUACUGGUAUUGUUCUCUGCUCGCUGUGUAGAGUUCAAUGUACUAGUAAUGUCUAGUAUAGUCUGUUAUGAUAUUCAUAAUGUUUUUGGCAAGCCUAGUAGAGUCCAUUAAGAUACUGUGGUGAACAUGGUGUGUCUGGUAGCAAUUUUUAUAGUAUCUACUAGGAUCAGUUAGGAAAUUGGUGAUUGUCAUCUUUUUUCCCCAGCCGUGAGAAGAAUGAUAAACCUACCGGCCCCACUGCGGUCUCUUCAGCUGCACGGCCAAGCAGCUUUAUCCGAGGCAGUGGUAGCAAAGAGCUGAUAAACAAUCAGGAAGAGCUGCGCAGGGAGACACUGCAGACGGUGAAGCAAUUGAUGAGCAGCACAGAGGUGGAGAAAACCACAGGGCUGGACCGCAAACUCAAAGGUCUCUGUGAGAUAAUUUUUGGCUUUUUAUAUGGGGGAAGCUAAUCACCAUAUGGGACACUAUAGUCACCCGCACCACUUCAGCUCAAUGAAGUUGUCUGGGUGCCAGGUUUUAACCCUUCAGAUGCAAACAUAGCAGUUUCAGAGAAACUGCUAUGUUUACAUUUAGGGUUAAUUCAGCCUCUAGUGGCUGUGUUCCGGACAGCCACUAGAGGCGCAUCUGCGACGCUGGAGGCAUAUUUCGCCUCCAUCGCGCAGAGAGUCCAUAGGAAAGCAUUGAGAAAUGCUUUCCUAUGGAGACUUUGAAUGCACUGACGUCGGACGAGGGAGCCCUGCGCUGGCUUAAGGUAAGCUGCUGAAGGGGUUUUAACCUUCAGUGCCACCGGAUGGGGACCUUGAGGGUGGGCGCUCCCUCGGGGCACUAUAGUGUCAGGAAAACCACUUUUUUUUCCAGACACUAUAGUGAUCCUUUAAGUAUAAAACCGUUUAACAGUGGACUUGUUCAUUUUUGUAAUAAAUAUCAAUGUUUCCAGCUUUGGAUUUUUUUUUUUUAUUUAGAAAUGGCAAUUCCGUUAACCAUUCUCUCCAAUAAUUUUUUUUUAAUAAAGAACUAUGUUAUAGGAAGCAAAUCCAUACCUUUUCUCCUGGUUACUCCAUCAGCUGCUGGCCUUUUAUUAGGUGCUAGAUAGUAUUGUUGAAUUCUCCUGAAUGUAGAUGAAUCUUUGGUUUCUUACUCUUGGACUCUAUCUGACCCUGGCAGGAAAGGCUGAAUCUCCAGAAGCAGAGAAGUCAGAGACUCGGGACCCCGACAAGUUAUCUUUGUCUGAGGAGGAGAUGGAAAGAAAAUCUAAAGCCAUUAUUGAUGAGUUUCUUCAUAUAAAUGACUAUAAGGUGAGCCAGAUGCUUUUGCCAAAUGUAUUAAUCUCUAUACUGGUCUUGCCUCAGAUUUGUAAAUUUGGUGAUGAGUAGAAGAUUAGCUCGUCUGAACCAUCUCUUACAUUGUGAAACAAAACUGUCCGACAUCCAGAUGCUGGUAUAGAUAAUUGGGCCAAAACUCAGUACUUUCUCAUCUGUUUUAAUGCUAGCAAUUAAAGGAACACUCUACACUUGUAGCUUGCUAAAGUGCUUCAUGUCUGCAGACUGUCACAUUUGUGACAGUUUAUAAAAGUUCAGAUUUCAAUAGAAAUCAGCACUUUUAUUAUUUGGGGCAGAAACCUGGGAGGUUUAUGUAUUCCCUGGCACAAACCGAACGCCUGUGUCUGGGGAAAAGGGGAAGACUGGAGCAUUUGCAAGCUGCUUUUAGAUAUACUUCUAAAGAAAAAUGCAUCAAUAAAUGCUGCAUGCUUUAAUUUGGAGUAUAUCUACUAAAUAGUGAUUUAUUUGUGGCAAUUGAGUGUUUCUUUAAUGUCUGUAAAGAAAAACAAAAUAUAUAUUUAAUAUAAUCACAAUUAAGUUUUUUUCGAUUUGUUGAACUUGUGAUUAACCCACUGUAUCCCCUCUGGUGGGUCCAGUGGCUGUAUUCACUGAUAAAAUUUGAAGUUAAUUGAAGGACCACUCUAGGCACCCAGACCACUUCAGCUUAAUGAAGUGGUCUGGGUGCCAGGUCCUUCUAGGGUUAACCCAUAUUUUCAUAAACAUAGCAGUUUCAGAGAAACUGCUAUGUUUAUGAUGGGUUAAGCCUUCCCCUAUUUCCUCUAGCGGCUGUCUCAUUGACAGCCGCAAGAGGCGCUUGCGUGCUUCUCACUGUGAUUUUCACAGUGAGAGCACGCCAGCGUCCAUAGGAAAGCAUUACAAAUGCUUUCCUAUGUGACCGACUGAAUGCGCGCGCAGCUCUUGCCGCGCGUGUGCAUUCAGCCGACGGGGAGGAGAGAAGGAGGAUCGGAGGAGGAGAGCUCCCCGCCCAGCGCUGGAAAAAGGUAAGUUUUAACCCCUUUCCCCCUUCCAGAGCCAGGCGGGAGGGGGACCCUGAGGGUGGGGGCACCCUCAGGGCACUAUAGUGCCAGGAAACGAGUAUGUUUUCCUGGCACUAUAGUGGUCCUUUAAUGGUGCUUAAAUUAUAUGUUAAUAUAUAUAUAUAUCACAUUCGCCGCAACCUUAUAAAGUGUAAAUAUUCAAACACUCUUUUUAAUAAAUACAAAGUUACAGUGCGCUAUGAUUUUAAAAAAGAAAAAAAAUAAUUCUCCCCCCCAUACAGGUAAGCAGGAAGAGGGAAGGGAGCAAAACACAGAGCACCCUUACAAACACUAAACACAAUCUAUAUUCCCCACAUUACACAAAGCCAACAAACCCCCCCACACACAUUAAAGACGACCAGCGCACAUUACACACAAAAAAAAUGUAACUAUGCCAGUGCAAACCAAACACAUACAUUACACAAAACCAACAAACCCCCUACACAUUAAACACAGCCAGCACAUACUACACACUACAAGGACACACAUACUAAACACAGCCAGCGUACACCACACAGACAUUACUACACACUGCAAGCACAUGCAUACUAAGAACAGCCAGCACGUGCACACAGACAUACUACACAAGGCAAGCGCACACUUUGAAUAACGACAGAGGGAGAGAAGCUCUAGGUUGGGGCCCCAGUAUUGUUAGUUAAAAUUAUUUUGUGGGUCAUGACAAGUAGCUUGUUAUGAGGAACAAGUGGAUUGUUUUUUUAUUUUAGUACUGUGGAGAAGUAGAUUUUUUUUUUUUUUUUUUUAAAUUUCCACACCCCUGCUCCACUAUUAUGGUCUUGAAUCAUAAGGCACAUAAGCGAUAUGCAGAUAACAGCCUGUUCUAAUUUACCAAUCCCUCGGUUUAGUAUAAGGUGUGAAUAAGCUCCCAGUUUAAUUAAUUGGGCUACUCUUUAUGUCAUAGAUGGCGCUAUCUUAAUCAUGCUGUGGCCAAAAGGGAGGGACCUUAAUGUUGGCAUUGCAUAAUGGGAGUUGUUUUUGUACAACUACUUGGGUCUAGAUUUCAGUUUUGGAAUAAUAGCUGUUGAUGUUAUGGCUAGCAUGUGAAGAUCCUUUUAUAUCUUGUGCUGAAUGGAAUUGGCUGGUAUGGUCUCCUGCUCACUCAGUGCUGUGAGGGGGUGACAUUAUUUUACCCUAGCUGAUGCAAUAUAUCCUUUGUCUUUCCUAUUACCCCAGGAGGCCAUGCAGUGUGUGGAGGAGCUCCGAACUCUUGGUGCACUUUCAGUGUUUGUCAGAGUGGGAGUGGAGUCCACACUAGAGAGGAGUCAGAUCACCCGUGAUCACAUGGGACAGCUCCUGUACCAGCUAGUGCAGUCUAGCAAACUCAGCAAGCAAGACUUCUUCACAGGGUGAGUAUACUUUCUGCUGGUUGGCUGUCAGUCAGAAUAAUCCAAAACACAGAAUGAUACUGUUAAAGGGACACUAUAAUCACCCAGAUCACGUCAUCUCAUUGAAGUGGUCUGGGUACAGUGACCCUCUCCUCUUAACCGUGCAGUGUAAAAUAUUGCAGUAUAUAUAUAUAUAUAUAUAUAUAUUGCAAUGCAGGUUACAUUGGAGGGUUAAAUCCACCUCUACUGUCUGUCUUCCUGACAACCACUAGAGGUGCUUGCUGCUCCAGACAGUAAAAAUCUAAUUUGAUUGGAGUUCAGCAUUUGACACCCAUCUCAUUGAGAAGCAAUGAAUUAGAGCAGAUUGUGGUUGAUGUCAACUUGGUUGGAUGCUGACAUCACCGGAGGCUGUGCAGGAAGCUGCAGUAGAGGAGUCCCGCCGCUGCAAUCUAGGUGAGUAGUCUUUAGUAAACUUCGUUUUGUUACUGAAAAGGGAUUUUAUAGUCCCGAAAUAAUGAUUAUUUUCAUGACUACAGGUUUCUUUUAAUUAGGCUUUUUUUUGUAUUGGAAAUUAAGUUACUUUUCGAUGACUAACUGCAGUAUGCUUUGCCAUGGGAUCUGAUUUACGAGAAUCCUAUUUAUCUCUCCAGGUUUUCAGAUACUCUGGAGCUUGCAGAUGAUAUGGCAAUUGAUAUACCACAUAUCUGGUUGUACCUGGCUGAGCUGGUGACCCCCAUGCUGAAAGAAGGCGGAAUCUCUUUGAAAGAGCUGAUAUUGUGAGAAGUGGAUUGGGGCCACCUGAUUAGAUUAAGCUGACAUUAGUGCUUCAAUUUGAUAUUGAAAUGGGGCCUUGAAUUUUUAAUUCUCAGAUUUUCACACCAUAGUGAACGAAGUGAAGUUAAUUAACAAAGAGUUUUUGUUCUGGAUUAAAUAUGGUCGGAUCUUACAGGGGAUAAAAAUAAAAAAACCUUGUGAGGGAGGAUUUUGGGGGGAUUUGAUACCAUGUAAGGGAGUCACAGAGAUGUUUUUCAUUAUGCUGUUUAUUUACAAUAUUUUUAUCCUGAGAGCAAUCCGCAUAUAAAUAUUUUCAUUAGCUCUGGAAGGUUGUGUUUAUGUAAUGUGUUUUCUGUUUGUCUCUCAGGCAGCACACUGGAUAACUCUCCCCCCUUUCUCAUGACUACUGCAUGCUAAAUAGUGGACUCUCCUUCCUACCUUCCUAUUUAUUCCUGUGGUUGGCUAGGUCCAAGUACUAGGCACAAGGUUCCGAUUGCAAACACUGUGAAUUAAGCCAGGAAGAUGAUACGCCAUUGGUCAUCCUAGAUGGCAUACCAUCUGAAACUCUUGUAAAAGCGUCGCCACCUUCAACAUCUAGGCUGGGCAUUUAUAAAAAAAAGAUAAUGAAAUAGGGGAGAUUAAUUCUUCCCAUAUUGUUGCGGUUUAACCUUGGAGGUGGACUAUCUUGUCUGGAGAAGUGAAACCCAUGGGCAGUUGUUCAUUCUUACUUGGAGGCUAAACCUGUCCAGAAAACAUUCACUCCUGCUUCAAUAAAUUUGUUCGAGCUGAAUAUAUAAUAUCACGGUGGGCCAAAGAAAAUGGUCCUUGGAGGAUAAAUGAAUCUUCCAAAAGCAUGAAUGUCAUGAUUUCAGUGGAGGCGUAGCCUACAAUAUAAUUACUAAGCCACCAUUAUUGGCACUCAGACCUGCAAAAGCAACCAGAUGUAAAGUCAGAUGCCAGGAAUUGAGGUAGCAAUUUCUAAACCUUUUCUCAUUCUAUGGUAGUGGAACUGUCCAGGCAGGUAAACUGGCAGGUCUUUGCACCAGAAAAUAGAUUAAGUAUAGAUGAAUUUCUUUAUUAGAUACAUUUUCUGUUUUCCUGUUGUCUACAUUUGACUUAUCAGAGAAACGGUGCAAGAAGUGCAGACAGAAAUCAGUGGUUGAGAUAUAUAAUUCCUAAGAGUGAUACAAUAAAAUGUUAGGCAAAGACUUCAUUCAGCCUGAGUUCUCUGAAAACUUACCAGUAGACUCUUUAACCCCUUCAGGACGGAGUCAGUAGUACACGUUCUGAUCAAAACAAAAUGUAAACAAAAACUGGAAUUUGCGCUAUAUGUCUGUUCAACUGUAAUUCACCUCUUUCAUGCACCCACACUUACUAUAUAUCAUUUUGUUCAGGAGAAACAGGGCCUUCAUUUCAUAUCAAAUAUUUAUAUAUGAAACAUAAAUUAUUAUGAAUAAAAUCAAGAAAACUGUGAGAAUUUUUUUUUAAAUUUAUAGUUCCGCCUCACAUUUUAGCUGUAAAUGUCAUAAUACUGUUGCAAAAAAGCACAUAUUUGGAUUCAUCAAAGUCUCACGAGUACAACAGUAGCCCCCAUUAACAGCUUUUACGGUGUUUUGGAAAUUUAAAGGAUCAAAUAUAACACAUUCCAUUUUUCUGUUUUUUUUACAUUGAAAUUUGCCAGAUUAGUAAUGUUACCUUCGAGACCGUGUGGUAUCCCAGGAAUGAGAUUUACCCCCAUGAUGGCAUACCAUUUGCAAAGGAAGACUACCAAAGGUAUUGCAAGGGGGUAUGUCCAGUCUUUUGUAGUGGCAAAAAACUAAUAUUUGGCCACUGUUUGUGACUAGGUGGCUACUAAAAAUGACUGGACAUACCCUGUUUGCAAUACCUUGGGUUGUCUACUUUUGCAAAUGGUAUGCCAUCAUGGGGGUAAUUCUUAUUCCUGGGCUACCAUACGGUCUCAAAAGGCAACAUAACCAAUCUGGCAAAUUUAAAUGUGAAAAAAAUGAAAUGCAAGCCUUAUAUUUGACUCUCUAACUUUCCAAAACACCAUAAAACCUGUACAUGGGGGGUACUGUUUUACCCAGGAGACUUCGCUGAACACAAAUAUUAGUGUUUCAAAAUGGUAACUUGUAUUACAACAAAAAUAUCGUUAGUAAAAGGGUUGUUCGUGUGUGAAAAAUGCAAAAAAACUUCACUUUUACUAAAAAAUAUUGUUGUAAUACAAGUUACCAUUUUGAAACACUAAUAUUUGUGUUCAGCGAAGUCUCCCGAGUAAAACAGUACCCCCCAUGUACAGGUUUUAUGGUGUCUUGGAAAGUUACAGGGUUAAAUAUAGUGCUUGCAAUUUAAAUUCUCUGCACUUUUUACCUGGGUUGUCAGGCAUGUCAAUCAAAUUUAACUAAUUAAAUCACAUAAUUAUGUUACAAUAUUACUUAAAUAUACACGUAGAAUUUUAAUAUAUAUACAUAUAUGUAUUUAAAGUCUACGUGUACACUUAUGUAGAUAUUUAUGUAAUUAUAUAUUUAUCUGUGUAUAUAUUUGAAGUUAUUUGUAUUUUAUAGAUAGAUAUAGAAUGUCAUUCUAAGUGUAUUUUGUUACCUAUAUAUAUGUAUAUAUAUUAAUAACAAAAUAGUUAGAAUGAAAUUACAUAUGUAUAAAUAAUUUAUUUAAAUUUUUUAAAUUAUUUAUUAAUUAUUGUAAUUAUAAGUGUAUAUACAAAUAUAAAAUAUAUAGCUAUAAUAUAUAUAUCUUAUAUAUAUGUAACGUCAUUCAGAGUGUAUUUUAAUACUAAUAUAUGUACUCAUAUUAACAUUAAAAUACACUAUGUAUGAUGUUACAUAUAUAUGGUGUGUGUGUGUGUGUGUGUAUGUGUGUGUAUAUAUAUAUAUAUAUAUAUAUAUAUAUAUAUAUAUAUAUAUAUAUAUAUAUAUAUAUAUAUAUAUAUACAUUUAAUUAAUUUUAAACAUAUUUAAUAAUCUUUUUUACACUACCCACCAGCAAGGGGACUAUCUGACACUCCAGACAGUCCCCCUGCUGGCAGAUCCACAGCCAGCUAUAGGGGGCCAUGUGAUCGCUCUUUGAGAGCGACCACAUGGCCCCCGGGGGCCUCAUUUGCCGUGGGAGGGCUGCCUGGGCUGUCAGGCAGCCCUCCAGAAGAGGAUCGCGGCGGAGGUGAGUAAAUCCUGGCUCCUGGGGCUGAAUGCCGUUACGGCGUUCAAUGCCGCUGCAACGGCUUUAAAGCCCAUUUAAAUGGGGACGGCAUUAAGGGGUUAAGGGCAGAGAAUGAUAACCCAAACAUCAACACACUGAAUUAUAUUGAUAUUCUGAUUGAGUAAUAGAUGACACCUGAAACGCCUCAAAUGUCUUCCCUGUGGAAGAAGUGAAUGGCCUGGUAAUAUCAAUAAAAAUAUUAAUCUGCUUUACCAAGUAUCUGCAGCACGUGUGUAAGUAUGUGACGUGUUCACUUUUUACAGAUAGUCAUUUAGAGUUGUUAAAGCACUUUAAAAGCUGUCAUUUCCAGAUAGAUAUGGUAGGGUGUGGAACUGCACUCUGUCCCUUUAAGUAGUAUGUAGCUGGGUGCAACUCGGACAGUCUCAGUACCAGAGACCAAAUGCUGAGUAACAAAAUUAGAAGAAAGGUCCAGGCACUCCAAGGUACAAACCAGGCAAUUUUAUUGAACCCACUCCAUCACAACAUUUCGACCUACACGGUCUUUGUCAAGCUUUCUCUUCACCAAGACCAUGUAGGUCGAAACGUUGUGAUGGAGUGGGUUCAAUAAAAUUGCUUGGUUUGUACCUUGGAGUGCCUGGACCUUUCUUCUAAUUUUGUUAUUGCCAGAUAAAUUGCACGGGUCGUUUGUGAUGUGUACACUUCUGUGGGCUCAUACCAUCAUCAACGAGCAUUGAAUAACAUUCAAAUGGAGCCAUGAAUUCCAUGGCGUCUCAGGUAGGCCUCGCCAGAAAAACUGUGGAGUACAGUAACUUGUAUUCUGUCAAGCCUUGAACGUGCUUUUACUCCAUGUCUCUGUUAAGGGACCGCUUAAGAUCAAUGCUCAGUUGGGAUGGAAACUUUGGUCUGUGUAGUCAAACUCCUGCCCUGAGAAAGGGAAUGAGAGAUCUUUCAAGUGUGCUGUGUUGGUAGGCACUUAAUGGAAAAAGUGUUUAGUGUGUCUUUGAUGUUUAUAAAAUGUAAUUCUGUUUUGACUGUUUUUUCUUCAGAGAGUUUGGCAAAGCUCUGCAACCUGUAGGACGUGGAGGCGUCUUAUUGUCUGAAAUUUUGCACCUUCUAUGCAAACAAAUGGUAUGUUCCAGAUGUGAUUGAUUGAGGGAGCUGGAUUAUAAUCUAGGGGUGUUAAUUUAUUUUAAAUUGCUCAAAUUGCAUGUUUAGCAUUGUUAAUGGCGAAUGUAAAUGAAGCAACCAGAACCUCAGCCUAACCUCAUACCACAUAAAAACCAACCCUAUACAUCACAGCUCUGAUCAUGUUUGUUCUUUUCAGAGCCAUAAGAAAGUGGCUGCUUUGUGGAGAGAAACUGGCUUAAAGUGGAAAGACUUCUUACCAGAAGGGGAAGAUGUACAGAGCUUUGUCAGUGAGAAGGUGAGAAUGGCAGGUGAUCCAGUGCUUUUGUGCUCUUUAUAUAAUUACUGAUACUUUCUAUGUUGUACUGCUAGAUCAGUGGAGCAGAGACACUCUCCCCUGUGCUGUGACACUAAGUGCACUUAGCCAUAGAUAACUAAUGUUCUUUCUCUGCUGCCACUAUAUUUUGAGGCUAAUGGCAAGCUCUGCCUUUGUUCUUGAGGUUGGUGGCAUACUCUGCCAUUUACUGGAAGGCUGCUGGCGAGUUCUACCCCCGCACUCGGUGUUGGUGGUGAGCUCUGCCCACGCACUGCGGCGUUGGUGGCGAGCUCUUCCCCCCUGCACUGCGGCGUUGGUGGCGAGCUCUUCCCCCCUGCACUGCGGCGUUGGUGGCGAGCUCUUCCCCCCUGCACUGCGGCGUUGGUGGCAAGCUCUUCCCCCCUGCACUGCGGCGUUGGUGGCGUGCUCUUUCCCCCCGCGCUGUGGCGUUGGUGGCGUGCUCUUCCCCCCCCCACGCUGCGGCGUUGGUGGCGUGUUCUUCCCCCCCGUGCAGCGGCGUUGGUGGCGAGCUCUUUCCCCGCGCUGCAGCGUUGGUGGCGAGCUCUUCCCCAGCGCUGCGGUGUUGGUGGCGAGCUCUGCCCCCGCGCUGUGAGGCUGGUGGCGAAAGCCUCCCCUUCGUUGCAACAUGACUACUUUUCUUAACAUCUAUGAAGUGUCAGAUGCUAUUAACACUGUCCAUGUUUGACAUCCUGACAAUUUGAGACAUCGUUGAUUUUGCAGAAUUUAGAUUUCACGUUAAGUGACAGCUCAAGCUCAGAGAAUCUUUCCAAGAAAGAGAUGUCAGCAGAGGAACUCAACAAGCGUCUGGAGCAGCUAAUUCUACAGGAAAAGGCAAAUGAUGAACAAAUUUUUGAUUGGGUAGAGGUAAGUAAAGAGGAAAUAAUUGAUCUGCAUGUUGAUUUUUUUUCUCAAUUCUAUAUAAAAAUCUGCCUCAUUGUUGAUUCAUUUCUCAUUUCCAGUUCCCCAUGUCAUUAUCCUUUCUCAGAUGCAAGACCCCGUGUCAUUAUCCUUUCUCUGUUCAAUAGUUUUCCUUUCCUCUCUACCUUUUAUUAGUCACUUCACAAUGUAUGAUUUUCACACGUCUAGUCAUUUCUCCUCUUCCAGGCUAAUCUAGAUGAAUGCCAGAUGAGUUCACCUACAUUCCUUAGAGCUUUAAUGACUGCAAUCUGCAAAGCAGCAAUUCUAGGUGAGUGACUUUCUUUCCAAUGUUAAGAGUGUGGAUGUGAGUGUGUAUCACGCAUACAUUUUCCUGUUUUCUCUAUUUUACAGGGGACUGUUCUUCCUGCCGAGUGGACACUACCUUUCUGAAGCAGAGGGUCCCAGUGUUGUUAAAAUACUUGGACUCUGAUACAGAGAGGGAACUACAAGCACUUUAUGCACUUCAAGCAUUGAUCGUAAUACUGGAUCAACCUCCCAGUGAGUAUCUUCUUAGUAAUUACUGGAAACCUAAAGAAACAGCAGCAAGAUAUGUAAGGGGUGCUGAUUACCUUAACACCCACUCUGUUUGAUGGGGUUUCCCAGCAUGCCAUCACCCACUGUAUUGGCUUUUCAAAGCAGCAUGACAACACUGCGUGAUGGUGCGUCUUAACAUGAAAAUGCAUUGAGGGUUUUCCCUAGGCUAACUUGUCCCUUUUAAUACUGAUCUCCCUGUCAUUCUGUAAUUUGAAUAUUGAAUAACAGGCUGUAUUCUGAGUAAAGUUAUUUCAUUUUGCAGACUUGUUACGCAUGUUUUUUGAUUGCCUUUAUGAUGAGGACGUCAUCUCAGAGGAUGCCUUUUACAAGUGGGAGAGCAGCAAGGAUCCAGCGGAGCAGAAUGGAAAGGGAGUAGCGCUAAAGUCUGUGACUGCCUUCUUCACGUGGUUACAAGAAGCUGAGGAGGAGUCAGAGGACAAUUAGAAACUUUAAUUAAAUGACAUUCUAUAGACCCCAUGCAGCCUCUCUCACAUGAGGGAAGAGACUAUGCAAAGGGAUACUUUCAACAUCUUUAUAUACUUUUUAUUUUAUUUGGUUUUUGAUUUUCUUCCGUUCCCAUCUUCGCCAAUCAGGGUACAUCAGAGUUGGUACAUACAUGGGAUAGCUGACAGCGGAAAUAAAACAAGUCAACAAAAGGGAGGGGUGGAAAAGGGCUCCCAAACUGGUAGUUAUAAUGCAUUGUUUGAGAUAAUAAUAAUGAAGAGGAGGAGGAGGAGAGAAAUGGGGGGAAUGUGGAAAGGCACUCAUUUGCCCCCUAAACUAUUUAUAGAAGUAAAUAUUUUCUGUUUUAAAUCCCUGCCCACCCCUACUCCCAUUUUUUUUUUUUUUCUUUUUAAAACAAAACCUCAAAGGAAAAAAAAACAAAAAAAAAAGACGUGCCCUUACGUAAAAACACAGAUCAUUUCAGAAGAUAAAAGAAAAUAAUUUAUUACCUUAUGAACUGCACAAGCCCGUGUUUCCUUCUCUUUAGUUUGUGGUAUCUGUAAAGUCGGGGGAAGGGGAUCUCUUCAUCCCGUGCAUUGUAGCCUUUUACAUGGGAAAGGAUAAAGCGCUUUUUGAUGAAGGAGAUAGUCUCUUAUUGAGAAUUACCGCAGCAGUCAAUUUAUAGUUUCUAAAAUGGAGCUUAGAUUGUACCUUUUCUUUUUUUUUAUUUGUUUUUACUCCCGCCUGUCCCUCACUUCAAUGAGCUUGAGCAUCAUAACCAUUUGCUCUUCAAAUUAACCCUGCUGUCACCAGUAAGUAAUUUGUUCUGUUCAGCAUCAUGAAAAAAAUGCUAGAUAAUUGGUGAUGGGGGAAAAAGGGGCAGUACUCUAUGCUGUCACCCAGGAAAUAAGGGCAAUGCUGUGUAUAAGUGGGCAGUGCCAGCAUCUUAUGACACAGAAAUAUGCUACAUGUCUGAAGCGAACGGUUAUAGGUCUAAAUGUAUUGUCUGUGGAGUGGUACCAUCAGAAGUUUAAUAUCCUGCCAAGAAGGAAGCUUCGGGCUGAUAGCUUUAGCCGUCCUGAUAGCUGAAUCUGCUUACCUUUAUGCAGGGUUAAUGUUAGGACAUUUGUAGUUCCAAGUCUUGGCCCACUAGCCGAUGGCUCUGUGUAAUGAGAGCAUGGCAAAAAGAUUUGUUGCAAUACAGUAUUUUAACAGCUCCCAGCAAGAAAUACAGAAAUCAGUUCAGUGAUUCCCGAUUGACUCAGAAAGGGGAUCAUAAAGCAAGCUCUGUGCGGCAGCAAAGACAGUUAGUUAUAACACUCAAUCCUUUGUUCACAGUUCUAGCUGUCAGAGGUCACUAAAUAUUAGAUUUUCUCUCACAAUGUUGCUGAACCUGUGGAGGAUUUUGUAAGUACCAGGUAUAGAGAGGGGGAUUCAUGGCUUAGUCCUCAUUCACUCAAGAGAAAAAGAUAUGUAAUGUUGCGCAGUGGGAGGGGCUCGUGUCUUUGGACUUGUAUGAGCUGCGUAGCUUUUCAUAACAAUGGCAGGUGUGCUUGUCAGAUCUCUUAUAUUGUAUUUCUAUUCAUUUUAGCCUGGUUUCCUAUGGAAAAAAAAGGCUAAUAAAAAAAUUCCGUACCCUGUUUGUUUUCAGUGUUUGUCUGCAAAUGUUAUUUAAUUCUAGGACCAAUUCUAGAUUCUUCUAGAACAUGUUUAAGCCACUAUCUGUUUUAGCUAUACACAUUUUAUAUUAAUCUCCAUACACAAAUGCCCUGUGUGUACUUUAAUCUGAUGUUUAAGAAGACACUGCUGACCGUUCUGUGGCCUAAAAGACAUUGAAUACGAAUCCCUGCAAAUCGUUGGGUUGCUGCUAGUACAGAGAAAUGUACAAAUCAGUACCAGAGAAAGGAAAGACACAUUUCGUUACUGACGCCCUAACCACUUUUUGAUGUCCUAGGUCCCUUAUUGGAACAAAAAUAUUUAGAUGUGAAUUGUUG